CCAGUAGGCAACCACUUCCUGUUUACGUUUUCACAGAUGACGUCACGAAGAUAACGUUUGACCAACAGUUUCGAAAGAGAAACAGACGAUAACUUGAUAAAGAAACCUUUUUGUACCCGAGUGUCCUCUGUAUGAAAGAAUUUUAUGCCUUACCUCGAUACCACAGAACCGGAGAGACUGUGCGACCGGAAGUUUUUGCACAGUAUUUAAAAACCGAGCAGCUAGCCCGGCUGCUAAGUUUAGCUAACGUUAAGUAAGUAGGAAGCUAGCAGGCGAAAGUCAUCUUCUUCAUUUUAUCCCUUUUAAAACCAAUCUAAUACCUUUCAGGAUGGAGGGGAAAUACAACCUCAAGAGUCCAGGUAAGACCACUUCUUUUUCUGCUGGAGUGUGCCAGUUUGGUAAAAUGACAGCAGUGUUUACAUUUCUAAUAAUCCAUCAUUAUGAACAAAAUUAACUAUUGAACAGCUCAGCUGACAUGAGCUGAUCAGGCGUGAGGACUCGGUGUCUUAGUCUUUCCCUUUCUGUGUGUUCACUCUUUAUUUUUGUCGGUUUGUGAUUUCUAAGAAGGUAUUUGUUGUACACACAAGUGAUGAAUGUUUUCAUUGGUUUGGACUGUGAUUUAGUGAUACAAGAUCUAUGCUGAUACAUCUCAGAUGAAGGUGUCAAUGUGAUAUUAAAUGAUAAUUUUACAAGGAGGCUUAUUUCUACCUAGUCUUUCUCAAUAGGGCUUUAGAUUUGUGCUGUACAAAAACAUUAAUACCAGAAAAAUAAAAACAACAGUAACAUAUGGAAGUAAAGGAUGGCUCCAUUACUAUUUUAAUGGCACCACCAUUAGGCUUGUUUUCUUCUUUUGCUUUCGCUUAAUUUUGAGUUUGUGCUGACUCCAUGCCUGCAAUUGUGACUUAAAAAACCCAACAUAGAUGCACAAAAAGUGCACAUGUUGUCUUCUAUAUUAAUCUAUAUUAAAUCAACGUCUGAGUAGUUCCUUUGAGGGAUAGAUGUUGUGAGUUUGUGCUGACUCCUUGCCUGCAAUUGUGACUUAAUCCUGCGCUAAUAGGAGGACUCACUUAUCCCCUAUCCUUAAAGCACUACAUUGGCUGCCUGUGUCCUCUAGGAUCAAUUUUAAAACUCUGGUCCUAACUUUUAGAGCCUUGCAUGGUCAGGCUCCAUCUUAUAUUUGUCAUCUGAUCCAGCCUUACACGCCCUCUCGGGCUCUGAGGUCCGUGGAUCAGAAUCUGCUGAUGGUUCUGUGCACUUGUUUUCAGACCAGAGGAGACCGAUCCUUCCAGGGUGUUGCCCCGAGGCUUUGGAAUGAUCUUCCUCUCUGUCUGCACUUAAUUGACUCGGUUGACGCCUUUAAAAGCCAUCUCAAAACUUGUUUAUAUAUGCUCAGGCAUUUGUUUAAUUGUUUUUGGGGCUGCUAUGACUGUUUAAUGUUGUUGUCUUGGCCUUUUAAUUUGUAUAUACAUUUUUAUUUUUGUGUAUGUGAAGCACUUUGUGACUCUUUUGUCUGCGAAAAGUGCUAUACAAAUAAAUUUUACUUAAAAAACCCCAACAUAGAUAAUGGUAAAUUCACAUUACUAGAUAAGAUAAGAAAAAAACUGCAUAAAGAGUGGACAGUCACUCAAAACAGAGCAUAAAAUGAAUAGCUGCAUAAUGACAGUCAUUUUAAAAGCAAGACUAAUGAAUCAAUACGAUAUAAUACAAUGAAUUCAGUCCUUUUUGCUUAAAUAAAUAAACUAAUAAGAGUCCUAACUGCUAAUUGAAGCCCUUGAUUUAGUUUUUAAAUGAUCAUCUUUGCUUUUUGUGUCUUCUUUUAAAAGGAAUGACUGUUAAACUAACCAGUCUGCCAACUUUAAAUCAACCAUUUGUUGGUUGUUCAUAGUCCCUGUUGUUGCAUGGUGUGUUUAAGUGAAGUAAAGAUUAUUUUCUGUCCACCCAAAUGCUCUAUUCAGAAUACAUUUAUAUGCCAGUUUUUCUUUUCAUGUCCGAGACGUUGUGUAGCAUGCAGCUUAAUUUAAAUCCUCUGUGAUUUAUGGAUUCAUGUAGCAUAGUAAUGAGUGAAUUAUCAAACAUUUACAUCUAAUCUCUUAACCAUGUCUCCUUCAGGUGUUCGCAGACAUGAUGUGCUUUCAGAAGAUUCUAAACUCAAUCUCAGAGUUAGGUUGCAUCAGCUGACACAAAGCUCUGUAAUAAAGGAACUCAAGCAGAACGUACACUCUGAGCUCAUGCCACGUAUCACAAAAUACCUGCUUGAAGAUCAUGUGACCUCUGUGUUUGCUCUGCUGUUGUGCAGUUCUUUUUCCAAGGUUGCACACACACUAAACACAUGCCUAUACUCACACAAAAUAUGCAGGUGCUGAGUACUCACAGGGAAAUUUGUUUGUGCAGAGUUGUCGAGUUGGAACAGUUUCCCUUUAAUAGUCAAAGUUUCAGAAUUACUGAAACUGGUUUUACUGGAGUUCCCCAUUUAACCAACAUGUUCAACCUUAUAAAUCAGUUCCUCAGAGCCCUAAAACAAGGCACCAUGAGUCAAUGUAAUUAUACCAAUAGUUAUAAUGUAUUGAAAAUAUUCAUUAUACAGCAUUGUUAUCAGUAACCAAGACUACUUUCUGAAGUAGGCAUGAGAAAUUUGACGACGAUGUAAACACCAUGGUUUGAAUCCACAAUAACAGCAGUCUUUAUUACUUGUCACACAGUUAGCAACAGAAGUUUGUAGUAUUUCUACAUAUGUCACUGUAGUAAACUGUCAUCACCAGCAAUAAGGUGAACUUAAAACCAGUACUUUACUUUUCUGUCAGUUGAAAUUUUAGGUUUAAAUAGUAAUGCUUGUUUUCCUUAAUUCAGAGAAAUCCUUGUGUUAUUUCCCAGAGUUCAUUUCUGACGUACAAAAAGAAACCAACACUGUGUGUGUUGUGAAGGUUUUUCCGGCUGCUGAAACCUUGUAAGCGUCUUCCCCUCACACUAGAGAUAUCAAAUUUACAAGUGGAGUUUGGAGUUUGCAGCAGCCAUGAGGUUUAAAUGUGAGCAUGCUGGAGUAAAUGUUCUGAAUUUAAACUUGCUGCAGUUAUAAAUUAAUAUUUAACUUCCUAAAUGAAUGUAAACUGAUGCCGUGUCCUUCACUGAAACCUUGAGUUUGCAGCUGUUACUUUUUUUGACUCUUGGCUGGCUGUUUCAGUGCUCGUCCCUGAAUUUCAUCAGCUCUGCAUGGUAUAUGUAAGCUCUUAUUGGCUGCAGCUUGUUAGGUGUGUAAAAUGAGCGACAUUCAUUCUGCGCUUCGUCACCUUAUCAUACCUUUACUGUUUUCAUGAACUCAAGAGUUCAAAUAGUUAUUUGAUUCAUUAUUAUUUUCACUAAAGUACAAAAUACUAAAUUUUCAAAUCACUUUCCAAAAAAAAGUAAUAGAAAUAUCAACAACUAAUUUAAUUGACUGGUAAUUCUAGUGCUAACUAGAGGGGGUCAGUGAUGUUUACAUAUUUAAUCAACUUCAUGUCAUUAACCCUCAUUCUGUGGUAGUAAGGCUGAUUUGAGUUAAAACUGAUAUCAUGGUAUUUAAAUACACUUUUGCUUAUACAUUCUUAGCUUUUCUUGCUCUGAUAAACCAAACAUUGUAAAGUUCAAAUUAAGCCUGGGUGAUUUGGCAAAAAAAAUGAUCACAAUAUAUUUUGUCAUAUCGUCGGAUCUCGAUUAUUAUCAUGAUUUAUUUUUUUACUGCCUGUUUUAAAGCAUCUGUACUAAAAACUAAAGAAACUAGAGAUUAGUUCAACAUUUAUUAACAUACAAAGUAAAUAAUAAAGCAAAUUGAACAAGAUACACUUAGAAAAAUAUAAAAAACAUUUUACCUCAACAUUACAACAAAUGUAGAUAAAUACUAGAUAAUACAGUGAAUUAGUUUACAGUCCUGAGUGUUUUUGCAGGUAUGCAAGACCCAAAAUAAACAAAUCGCCCCCUCAGAGAUAAUGAAGACACCUUAACGUGUAAACAUUAGAUAAUGUCAACGUAAAUGAUACUGCCCUCAGCUCCGCGUUUAGCUCCAUGUGCGGUCAUUCUGUUUACUUCUCCUGUUUACUUCUGCAGCAACUUACAGAAGUGAGCAGGAAAAGCUCGACUCUGAUUGGCUGUUGUGACGCACAUUUCCUCUAUGUUUGAUCGAGUAAAUAUGCUCUCAGCUGAUCACCGUAAUCGAACUAAAAUUUAUCACAAUCAUUGAUCACAAUCAUGUAAUCGCCCAGUCCUAGUUCAAAUAGGGAGAAAAAAAUAAUGCUAUUGGUAUUAGCCACCAGGAGCAGGUUAGUGGUUACCGACUCAGGCAAGUAAGUAAGUGAAGUUUAUUUUUAGAGCGCUUUUUACAGAUAAAAAUCACAAAGUGCUGAGUAUAAAGUAAGUGCAAUUAGAUAAACAUAAACGGUACAAAAGAUAAGUACAAUUACAUACACAAAUACGUAUACAGUACAAGUACAGAAAUAAGAGCAGAUACAAAAGAUAAGUAGAAGAGACAAACAAAACCCUGGUUAUUAAAAGCUUGUCUAAAUAAAAGACAUGCCUGUGUCAGGCAUCGUUGGAUGUAACAAUACUGCAUGAGCUCGUUGAAAAUCAGCACAUAAAUUCUCUUUUUGGAUGUCGUUUUCUUCUAGCAGGAGUUACCCACAUAUGUAUGACACUGGGGUGACUCACCAAGGUGUGUUUUCAACUUUUGCAAUUUUUCCCCUUACAAGAUUGCCAUUCAGUAUUGAUAAAAAGUGAGUUUUCCUCUCACUCUCUCUUUCUCUCUACUUUUUGGGUACACAAAUUGAACAAAAAAAAAAAGUACAAGACAUAACAGACAACUUAACAACAAUAGACCAGUUUUCGUCUGUUACAUCCAAAGUAUCUUUUGCAUCUUUUCUAAAACAUGUUCAAAAACUAGAUGAUUUAUUUGUAUUUGUGAUAUUUUUAAAGUACCGUUGAUCCUUAAUGUAUUCUUACAUUGUGACUAUAAUAUUUAGCUUUCUUCAAACAAUGUCAGUUGUUAUGCAUUGAUACCUGAUUCUGUUUUAGAGGAAUCUUGCCAGAAAAGUCACCAGAACUAUAAAUGAGUUAUCAGAAUACUUGGUGGUUAAUUUCCUCUCCUUGUAGUAGUUUGUAAAAAGAUUAAUAAUCAGGGCUCUAGACUCUCAGAGUAGGAUCAGCUCUCAGUCGGCGUCCUGGGUUUACCUCUUAUCUGUCUGUUGUUGAAACAGCAGCAAAGGAAAGGCUCAGACUUUGAAGAAGUCUUUUCUCUCCUCUCUGCGCUCCUCCACAUCUUUAGAGCCGGCUUGUUAUUACGCAAUACAGCCGUGUUUCUCCCCUCUGGACCCACUAUGAAUCAUCCCCAGUGGCCAACACACCAAAUAUGUGUUACGUAAGAUGAUUUUGCAUACGAGGAUUAUCGGCGUCCCGCCUUGAGCCAGUGACCGGACCUCUGCUCACCCAGCAGACGCCAGAGGGACUCGUGUGGGAAAGGGCUUUUCCUUGUCAUCUCUGCUCACUGUCACUGGAGGGAAGGACCAAAAAUGGGCACAGGAAGUGAAACACAGCAGGAGGGGAUAUGGAGCAGGGGAACGCCUGCGGCAGUGCGGCGAGGCUCUGCAGGGACAGCAGUGUUUGGAAGAUGCUGUGAAGGGAUCUGGAUUGGGAUCCUGUCCUCUUUUACAAUCCACGUCUGCCAGUAAUGCAGGAAGAUGAGUGUCAUAGUCAUACAUGGAGAGAGGCAGGAGACAGAGGUGGUGACAGUGUUCCCACAGGGGGGGAAAUGAUGUUUGGUUCAGCAUGUGAAGACUGGUUUAGUAAUACUGUCGUCAAACAAAUAGUUCAUGAAUAACUCUGUUUAUUUCAUUUGAAUAACUACUCAGAAAUCUAUCCAGAUGUAAACAAGCACAGAUGACAGAAGGCAUCCUGUAGUGCAUCCUCACUGUAUUUGCUGAGAGUGUGGCAGGUGACACAUCAACCUGGAAGCAACAGGUGAAUCGAACACAACAAAAUAAAUCACCAAGGAGCGAGACAUUGGGCUUGCUUAUUGCCUCUGCUGAGUGUGACAUGAAUAACAGCUACCAGGAAGCAGCAGGUAGAUAAAAGAAAGCAACAUGGGGGCAAUGUGAUUUUUACAUUUUCUGCUCCUCACCAUAAAAUCUACUCUUUAUUACACUUCAUCUUUUACUCACCCUUUUAUCUUCUCCUCCUAACACGGUUUUGUGUUCAGAAAAUAUCAUCAGUAAUUUCAAGGAUUUAACUUUUUGUAUCAAGUCUUAAAUCACCAUGACCUGAAUUACUGAGAACCUUUAGAAAAUCCUGUUUUUCCUCCAGACAUGAAAACACAUUGUUGACCUUCUUUAAUGCGAUCCUUUUAAAUGCAUCUAAAGUAGGGCUGAGCGAUAAACCAAAUAUUUACAGAUACCGAAAUCUACGACAAUAACCGACGUCAUUUUGCCCAUAUCAACAUAUAUAAUAAAAGUUGUUUUUGGAUGUGUGUAGGUAGGCUAUGGUCUCUUUAAGACGUUGUCGUAUGUCAGAGACGUGACUCCAUCCCAUCCAGUCUGCAACAAAGAGGGAAAGACAGGUGAGGAGGUGGAGGACGGUUCAAAAGUUGUAGCAGCUGGAGCUGUUGGAGUUAAUGUGGGAGGGUCUGAGCAGCUCGUAGAGUAGUUAUCGUCCAUUUAUCGUUAUCGAGGUGAACUGCUCAAUAUAUCGUGAUAUUGAUCUGAGGCCAUUUCGCCCAGCCCAAAUCUAGUCUGUUUAAAUGCUGAAUGGUUUAUCACUCAGUACCUUUAUAUGACACUCGAGAAAACCGAACUACUGCCUUACUUUUAUUAAGACUGGACAACUGAAGUGCAUGUAAACACCUUAGUCCGACUGUAAUCUGAGUUUGAGAACUUCGAUUGGAGUCGGAGAACCCCGAUUAAGACACCCAGAUAAUGCGAUAGACUUCGAUUUUCUCUACCAUGUAACCAGCGUAGUCAGGGUAUGAUCGGACAAUGCAUGUGCGUGUGCGCCACGCCUCCGUAACCCCGGAACAAAAACACCAGAGAAGAAGUGGCACUAUCAUUUAAAGAACCUUCGACUCAGAAGCAACUGCAACAUGGCUGAAGCACGAAAGAAUGUCCAGUUUUGGAACGACGAGGAGAGAGCUGUAAUGCUUUCCUUCCUGACAGAAAUGGACAUUUUAAAGUGUCAGGACGGUCGCAAAACGAGGAACGGAGACAUCUUCAAAAAAGGUCCGCAAACAACGCUGCUAAAAAACCCAUAUAGACCCCUAGUUUUGGGGAGGAAGACACAUCAAUACUUUGAUUUUCUCAGCUGCAUCUGUACGCGGACAAGGAGAGAAGUCUGAUUUGGUUACAAAAACGAAUUAUUAGCUUAGUCCGAUUAGGCUGUGCAUGUAAACGCACUGACUGUGUUGUAUGUUUUUUAGCUAGCUUCACUGUUGGGCUCUUUUUCCUGACUUUUCCCUGUGUCUGCGGACUUUCUCACAGUCUUUCCAAUACCUAAAUCCUUAAACCCCUCAUACAGUAUAUGUACGCAGUCCUCACUCUCACAGCGUUCUGCAAAUGUUUGUGAAUUUGUAGAACUAGACUUUCAAAAAGGCCUUAUAGAGUCUGUUAGCUUCUGUGAUCUUUUUAGACCCUCUUUGAGACCAUUCAGGCCGGUCUUAUUUGAUAUGCAAGAGCUCAGCACGGGGCCAAUCCAUCUGUAAACUUUGUAAAGCUGGACGCCGCUCUAAGUCCUGAACAUUGACUGCAAAGAACUUGACCGAUGAUGAUUGAUUGUCCAAUCAGAGCUGCCGAGCGUUUUUCACUUAAUGCAAGAAUGAAACCAGCUGAUUCAUCACAGCUGUAAGUGUUUCCCACAGUCCUGUAACAUUUGCAUUGAGACCACACUGUUUCAUUCAGUUUUAGCAUGUGGUUUCUUUUUAUCGAUACUGGUGCCAAUUUUUUUGUGCACUUUCAUUUAUUGACAGAAGUUCAGUUGGAUCCCCUCCUUCUGCUGCUCAGGGAUUAUUUGUGGUUUCUCGCGCUCAAUCUCCUUGGGCUUUCUCGCUGGCUGUGUGUGUGAGGAAGAGUUGUUUGUAUCCUGUAAGGCUAAGUUUAACACUUGUUAUUGGAGAUCAGAUUUUGCCGGGGGAUAUUUGAUCCAGACACUGGGAUAUCUCAUCCAUGACCCGAGGACACCCCGGCUGAGUGUGAGGUGCCUAUAGCCCUGCCAUCAAAGCUGGAACUGGUCCCAGGAGAUACUGGCGGAUGAGGUACUGAGGGGCUCAUCGCUCAUCCUGGAGUGCCUGUCCAGCCCUGAUAGCCAGAUCACACAUCUGAGGGCUCCUUUUUUCCUCUCUGCAGGGCACUGAUGGAUCCCCACAGUCCAAAAUCAUGACUAACGUGUGCCCAGGAAGACAGAGAGGAUGUUUUAACCUAAUUGCUUUUGGAUACAGCUCUCUCAAUCUCUUUGAUACGCCCACCUCAAAGUCCCUCCUGAACUUUGGCACCUAGAUUCUCAUGGAACUGGACUUUGAAUGUGAUUAAUGGUCUCCUUGCAUAUUGCAGGGGGUUGUUCUCUUCAUGUUUCAUCUCUAUUGUGUGGAAAAACAAAGAUGCAUUCGCCAAGGAUUUGUCAUUGAUGUUUUUAUCGUCUCGUCCAGUCCGGCUGAAGUCAGCCUUGAUGUUUGGAAAAUGAAGAUAAUCAACAAUUAGUCUCGGACGCAUUGAAGCAAAAAACAAAAGCUUUAGACUGCUUUGAACAAAGGAUUAUUAUAAGAUGCAGAUAUUUGUUUUAAGAAUUCAGGGAUUUAUUUAACUACAUUAUAUCAGCUUAUUAAAAAUGCUGUCAGCAGCUGCAGGAGCAGAUACAUUUAUGUCUUGUUAUGAAUUUAAUGAUGGUAGGAUGGCAGAAUUGUGACAAUACCUUCAUUGUUUUUUUACAAAGACAGUAAAUAUCAAAUGAUAUGAAUACUUUUUUAAAGUUCUACAGCAACAACAACAAAAAAAGUGCUUAAACAUUACUGUCAUCCCACUUGUGUGGAGAGGCUCAGAAAUAACACUGUACCAGAGAGAAUCUCUGAUGUUCCGCCUCAGAAAAAGAAGAAAAAAACUUGUCUGCUUUAUUUCCCUCUUCUGUGGGUACUGUGGGCUGUUAAAACCUUUGUCAAACUUUGCACAAAGAUUAAUUUCCUCUGUAUUAACCAAAAUAACCCAGAAAAAGAGUGUGGUGACGGGGAAAUAUAUUUGCAUAGAGCAAACUUUCUGUCUGCAUUUUGUCUUCUAAAUCAGAACAAAGCAAAUGAGCUCCAGGUGUGAAAGCACAUUGAAAAACUCACAGGGAUCUAGGACAGCUUUGAUUGAAAUAAAUAAACACUGGAAUCAGAGUGAGCCAUGGUUUUCUUCCUGCUUUUGUCCACAUUACUCCCCACCUCGAGGGGUAAAUUCUAUCAGAAAGAGGACACUGCUAGCUAAGGGCAGGAGAAAAAAUCGAUAUAGCAUAGUAUCACAAUAUAUUUGUCUGGUUAUAUAUCGUAAGUAUUGAUUUUUCAAAUAAAGGCAUGCUUGACGAUCUGAGAAGCAGUUGAAAAAAACUGAGCCGUUGAGACAGUUUUCGAAAAAGCGUCCCACCCCCCACAAACAAAUCUCUCUCCUCUGUGCUCCACUAUAACUCCCCCCGAACCUGUAUCGCCCUCCCCACGACACACCCUCUCUGAGAGAGCAAGAAGCCGGUCGACAGAAGAUCCUACGCUAGCUUCAAAUUGGAUUCACCAUGUUGGAUUUCUAGUGACUAGCGGCAGUAAACACAAGUUCUGUUAGUGAGCACCGUCUGCAGCUGCCUGGACAGCGACCAUGUUGACAUUGCAGAGACUCAUAAGAGUUAUUUAUGUUAGAUGUGCCACGAUAAAAGGCAAAAAUUACCUGUGUCUCAGCGUCUGUUUUCAAGCCCAAAUCCUGGCGGAGCUUUCUCCACCGCUCGAAGGAUGACCCGAUGUUUAUUCGAGUUAGAUUCCUCACUUGGUCACUUCCUCUUCGACUCUGCCCUUUCUUCUGUCGGCUUGUUUUCUUAGCACUUUUGGCGAAGGGGCAAGCAGAAGUUGUUUUUUUUUGCGUCCAUAUCCAUUACCGCUCCUGUAGCUAAGCUGCUACGCUACUUUUAGCCGCUUUUAGAGCUCUUAGGACAGCCAGGAGAGUGGAGGGGACGAGUCGGAACUACAGAAGAGGGGUGUGUCAGGAAUACAGGAAGGUGAUUGGAUGGAGAGGCGGAACAGGAGAUUGACCAAUAGGAGCUGUCAGGGACGGAUGGCUCCCAUUGGUCAAUGUUUUUGCAGCCCUGCACCUGCUAGGGUAAACUUAUUUUUUCCAUUCUUUUUUCUCUUCACUUUGUGGGGAUCGCACUAUAGGACCAUGAUUGCCAACCACGCCUUUAAUUGCUAAUAUGAAGUCAAAUCUAUGAUAUUGGAAAAAUAAAAUCAACUCUUUGUUUGUCCAGUGAGGUUGGCAGAGGUGAUAUCAUAGAGCAGGAGAAAGUUAGUGCAACAAAUAUAUAAGGUUUGCAAGAUGUGCUACAUGUAAAUAAAAUACAGCAUAAAUAAGACAAACAUGAAGAAAAGACAAAUGCUAAAUUAGCUAAACAAUUGAAAAAAAAUUAUAAAUCGCAAUUGAUGGUAUCCCGAUAUUCACUGUAUUGCAAAUGUUAAAAAUCGCAAUAAUAUCUUAUCGUGGCCCAAGUAUCGUGAGAAUAUCGUGUUGUGGGGCCAUGAGUGAUUCCAACCCCUACUGCCAGCUCCAACACUGGAGUCUGUUGGUCGCCCCCCCCUCACAGUCGCUACGUUACCUUAAUGUGUCAUCGGCUGCUGUAGUGGGAAGUUCUGCGAACAUGCACCAAAGCCUGCCGGGUAAUUGUUGAGGAGACCACAAGUCCCUUUGCUGUCAGGACAGCUUAAACCACACAUCAGGCCUGUUGUCGCCGAGGGCAGCAGGCAUGUAACAAACCCUGAGGUUGUACCGGCUGUGUACAGUGCAGGGACAGACAUAUAGUGACCCUGAGCCUUCCUCUGCUCUGUACUGUGUGUUCCAGUCUGCCCACACAGACUCAAACUAACAGAAAACUUCUGAAAAGAAAGGUCUUUAAUACGGAAAGUCACGAUGCAAGUGCAGGAAUGUAAUAUUAUGAAAUUAUGUCCUAACAUUAUACAGUUUGAGCUGGAAACAGGUUUCUAAAGACUUAAUAACAACUGUUGGUGGUAAAGUCUCAGGGCUGCUGCUAAUUAUCUUUAAUUUUUAGAGUUGUUAGUUGAUGCAAUCUCUGCAUGCUGGUGUCAGUACUAUUCAAGAGAAAAAGACACAUUGCAGGGAUAAAUUAUAAGGGGAAUUCUAAAGCCGAAUACAUUUUGCAAUCUCCUGUCUUUUUAUAAUAACUGAUUCAAUAGUUUCAGACUUGCUCCAGCAGUUUGCUUAGUCUGCAGUUCACAAACAGGCUGUCCUGACUGCAAAGUUAAGAUAAAUCAUGUUCUAUAAAAGUCUUCCUUUAUUUCACUUACAGCCUCAGUUUGUUGUUCCUGAAAACUUUUCCGUUGUGGGAAAAGUUGUGUUUUUUUUUUUUAUUCAACAGCGUUAUUUUAAAUGCUGUUGAUGUGUCCCAGACUCCCUGCACAGUUGGUGCAACCAACUGAAUUUAUUUUGUCCCGAAGUAAAAGUCUGUGGAGCAGUCUGGCCUAGUUACCAUCACUGAUACUGCCUACUGACUUCAGUGAGCAGAGAACAUCGAGUAAACACGAGAAACUCAACACAGGCUAAAGUUAAACUUCAUGAAUAAAGCCUGCAACUAAAAAUGGAGACAAGUAGGAACCCGACGAUAAAAGAAAAGCUCCCACACAUAGAUUAGACCUCCACAGUGUUAACCUCCUUUUCACACUCUUGCUAUGCAACACGUGUCUUCCACUCUUUCCUCCUCCAUCUUGACAGCAAAGGAACAACAGACAUGAGACCAGCAUAUAAAUUGCCUUUUUCAAAGUUUCCCUCCUGGGUCCAUGAUGGUGGAAUGACAUUUUCCUCCCCGGUCCCACCAGGGUGCGGCUCUGCAGCUCCCGUCGAAGGUUGAAAUCUUUCUUUAUGAGGUUCUUCACGUCAUCUUCUCCCUGCUGAUUCCUCUGCCUCCUCUGUUUUUGUUUUAAUUGCUGUCAAAAUUGUUCUCCCUAGCUUCUCCUUUCUCCUUGGUUAUUAUUCGUUUUCCAAGAAUCACACAUCCCUGUUGAAUAACAAUUCUUUGGUCUUUGGGAAUAAUUUGAGGACAUUCUGGCUCUGAUUCUUGGACUCUCUAAGGAUGAUCCUUGUGUGUUUUGCCAAAUAUUGAAUAGCCUGGCCCCUGUUUUUUUUUGCACCACACAGAAAUCUUCCUGGCUUGUUUUAUUGCUUUAAACCUUAUGAGGAAUGUCCACAUGGCAGAGAGUUCAAACAGGAUAAUCAAAUGGGCAGCAUCUUUAGGGACUCCUUUAAUAUGUGAGAAAAGUUUUUAACUGCUUCAGUAGAUUGUUUAUGGCAGCAGCUGUGAAACAAGCUGAAAAAGCUGUAAUGUAAUCAUCAGAGGCCUAUGUGCCUUGAAAGUGUCUGACAGGUGGAGAUAGUUAUUUAAAGUUUUCUGGUGAUAAUCCUUGUAGAUAAAGAGACACCCUAAGACCUUAAGUUUAGCCUUAAACAGCUGUCCCAUUUCUUUUAUUCAUUCUGAAAUAAUUUCAUUGAUGAGAACAGCAGUUUUACUCUGCAGUAUGGCCGGGUUUGUAUUUCAGUUUGGAUGAUUUUAAUUAAUGAAAAUUAGAUUUUUCUCUCCAACUUCCUCCAUCACUCUCUUUUGGCUUAUGCAGCUCACACCCUCCCCACUCAUUUUACUUCCUAGUAAGACACACAGCCACACAGCUGCCAACCCUAUUAAAAAUUUUGUUCCCACUAAUAGGGAUGGGAAUCAAAAUCUGGUUCCUGAUGCGAACUGUUUCCAACUUUUUGAGGGCACAAUGACAAGAGAUACUGAUACAGACAUGAUGCAUAUUGCUUAAGAUAUGGUGUCCAUAUACACAGGAAAAAGGCCAGUGUCUCUCCAAAUGAUUUUAACUAUUAACUCCAGAUGAGUUUAUUGAAUCGAUAAGCAGAGUCGACUAGGGCUGCAACGAUUAGUCGACGUAAUCGAUAACGUCGACAUGACAAAUUAAUCGACACGAAAACGAAGCGUCAACGCGUCGUGUUAUUGUUGUUAAGAAUCACAUGCCGGCGCCUCAUGCUCAUCUAUAACUGCAGUGCACUACAGGAUGUGCUGGUGGCAGUAGUGCUCGCUGUUAACAUCCCGCGAGCAAACACAGAAGAAGAGUGCACACAUUAUAGCAGAACAAACUGAAAAAGACGCUCCAAAACUCUGACCCAAAACCUCAAAAGUUUGGGAACAUUUUACGGAGAACAAACCAAAAAAACACGUCGAUCAAAGCUCAGCUUUCCCACCAUGGCAGCACCACGGCGAUGCAUGAGCACCUGAAACGCCGACACCCCAGAAAUAGGUGUUUAUAAAUAAAGAAGAUCGUGAUUAAUCGGACGACUAGUCGAUAGAUUAGUCGACAAAAAAAAAAUCGUUAGUUGCAGCACUAGAGUCGACUAAAGCAUCGGUAUAAAAUCUUUUCAUUUCCCAUUCCUGCUCAUUAGUUGAUGGGAACUGGUUGAGUUUUUUGGUGUCACAUUUUGAAUAAACAACAGUCUGCUGCAAAGUUCAAAGGCAGCAGCAUGACCAUUUUGUUUCAGCAUCUUAGACAGAGGCAUGCAGCCGAGAAAUGUGUCUCACGAUAAGACGCACAUGAUCACUACAGCCCACAAAUAGCAUCUAAUCGAAGCUGUAUCAUUUUCCCGUAGCAUCACACCUGACCAAAAAGGGGCAUAGAGGAAAGCUGUCACCGACAGGAAGUACUUGGAAGUAAACAAGAUAAUUUUCCCUUAUAGGAACACAUUGCAGCCUUCACAACCUGUUUCACACCUGCAAUCUGAAGCUAUCUGCUUUUACAAAUCAAUUUCUUUUAAUGUGUCAAUCAGACCUCAAAUUAUACAGAGCAAAAUUGUGUUACAUAUUGAAAGUGGGAUAUGAGAUUAGAUCCCAAGAGAAGUAGCGAAAUAAAUGUUUUUUCAGUGUUUAUGUCCUCUCUUGCCAUCUGAAAACUUGAUCAAUAUUGGAUCUGAUGAGGAGCUCAUUAAAUUGCUUCUGCUGGGUGAAAUAAAAUCAGUUAUUUUCAAGUCAAACAUGAGUGUUACAUCAUUUGAAAUGUAAGUAAACAGACCACCUUGAGGAUAGAUAGACUGUUCAUUCACACUCUAGUUACCCCCUCAUGGUUGUAGGUCAGUUUUUGCAGUGUGAGGCAGCCCCCCCUUUCAGCCGGCUCAGAUUUAGCGAGUUGUAAAUAUUUUCUUCCUCUGAUGAAGGAUGGCGCUCACGCUGUUCAGCUGUUCACAGAUCACUGCUCAGUUAAGCUUCCUGUCUGUUAUUUAAUUUGUUGGCUCCUCUCUGUGGUGCCACAUGGACAAACAGCUUUGCAAUAUUAUAGUGUUUUUGCUGAAGCUUGAUGUUUUCACAAAACUAAACAGAUUGUCAUUGAUGAAGGUGGAAUCGUUUAUGCAUGCAGUGAGGGUAGUGGCAUGCCAUCAUACCCAAUCAGAUUUUUGGAAUCGCUCUCAGUGUGUCCUCUUGAAUUUUUGGAUUGUUUGCUAAAUUGAUUUAAUUCAUGAAUGAUUUGAACCCCGUAACCCCUGAAAUCAUACCCUGUUUGUGUAUAAACUAGGGCUGGGACAAUAUGCUUUUCUCCUGAUUCGAUUUUUCCACUAUUUUCUGGGUGCUGAUUCAAUUUAAAACGUGAUUCUACAGUUUUGUCAAUUGUCUCGAUUUUUAGUCUGCAUUUUUAACACCAGUGAAACAGUUAAAUGAUUAUGAAGGUCUACUGACUGUUCCAGAAACCACAUUCCCCCAAAAGAUACACAUCACUUGUAAGUCAGUUUAAAGAUAUAUUCUUUAAUUUGAAAAAAAAAAAAAAAGAUUUUUGAACAAAAAAAUUGACUCAAAAAUUGUUAAACAAAAAAUCGCGAUGCUUUUGUGAAUGAAUUCUUUUCUCCCACCCCUAGUAUAUGCUGUUGCUGUCACCAUUACAGAUGACUCUUGAGUUAACUCAAUGAUAAGCAAAAGUUCGCAUUUUAUUUAAGCCUUAUAAAUGUCACUUAACAGCAGAAGUCACACUUUAACUUGGUGGUUAAACUUGGAUUUAGGUAAUAACAAAGUCAUGACUCAAAUACUCUUUGAAUUAUUAAUUGCUGACCAACAGACUGUAUUCGAGUAAAUCCUCUAGGGCAGAGUAUUAGGGCCACAUUGAGAAAAGUUUGGUUAAAUGUUAUGACUAAAUAUAUACAUUAAUAUAUUAACAUGAAUGACUUUAUUCUCAAAGUCUGUAAAAUUAUAUUUUUUCAAUGUGGCCCUAACAAUCCAUCAUAGUCCUCAAAUGCAGGCUGGGUCUUUUAUUUGCCUGUAUUGGCUAAGGCACCAGGCCUUUAUAUGAGGCAGGCUUUAAUUAGAGACAGGCCGCAUUGAGAAAAGUUUGUCAUGUCUGUCAUGACAUCAGAAUUAAAUGAUACGGUCUUUUCCUCUCCAAACAACUCACCACAUCCUAUUAGUAAACUGAAACUGGUGCCGGAUGAGGGCUCACAGAGCAGCUCUGUUAGAAUAAUAACUAAAAAAAAUAAAAAACUGGAGCACUGUGAUGAGAUGGACUGUGAUUUGGUCCACCACAAAGCUGAUGAUGUUAAUGUGUGGAUGUUGGUGUGCGGUCAUUUAACACCCACUUGUAAGUUUUUUUCCCCCCCUUGUAUUUCCAUAUUUCCAUAUUAGAAAUAUAGAAGUGCCCCAGCCAAUAAUUGAAAGCUGGCUUUUUUCCACUCACAGAGCUUGUGAUACUGGUCAUUAAAUGUGGCUCAGCUGCAGAUUCCAGUCUUUAAUUGAGGACCCAUGGUAUUCCAACUGAUCUAAAGUAAAGUUUUACAUCAGUUUUUUUUUUUUACAGCUUUAGAAACUUGGAAAACAUUUCUGAGUUUAUCUCUCUGAGAAAUAGCCUCUGAAAUGAAGACCUGUCAGAAACAUGUGAGGUGAAUUGUUUUUUUUUUUCUUUUUCUUCGUUCCGGCCCCAGCUGCUCUUGUAGGCUGAUGCUUGUUCCUCUCCAGCAGAUCAGUUUCUUAUCUGCCCCCUUGUCUCAAAAAAUUGAGGCGAGUGAGACUGCAGGCUCCAUGACCUUCUGCACCCUGUGUAAACAGGAGGAGUUGUCAAGACUCGAUAAGACACACUAGCACACUCACACACACAUUUUCCUCCUGGUCUCCAUGUGUGUGCACGCCGUGGGAUUACAGUAGUUGCUUCAAAUCUUCACAGAGGAGUAUCUGUCCGCAGGCACAAUCACACUGAGCACGUGCCCUGAGAGCUGCGUGGUGUCAGACCAGCUCUUCAUCCCUGUUAUUUGCCCUCCUAUCCCUCCAUGCUGCUUCUGCUGCCCUUCAUCCUCUUUUUCUGUUUCAUUUCACAGUCUCCAUUUCCAGCUCAACACCCUCUACGUCCGCCCUCGAUUGGUUUCCAAACCAAUUUUUGCCACCAUGAAUACCUCUUAGUUCCGCUUUCUUUUCACAAUUACUUUCCAAUUUUCAGCCCCUUUUGGUCUCCUCAUUCAGCAGCUAGUGGAUGAUUGUCGGACUUUUAGCAGCGAGAGAAAAGUUGACCUUGCUGCUUGUCUGCUUAGAGCGUGCGAUGAGCACUUUGUUAACAGGAAGCUAAGGCUGUGUAUCAGCACCUCUGCUGUGACUCAUGACCUUGUGCUGAGGCAUGAUGGGAUAUUUAACCUUAGGGUUUGCCUCUGGUGGACUCUCCUUUCCUCUGCGGCGCGGUAGUCAUCGCCACAUCAAGGAGCAUGUUUGUGUCCUUUGCUGCCAGGGCGAUGACUAAACCUCGCAAUCACCACCAUCAUCUUCAUCAGCCGGACUUGUGUAACCGUCUUCCCCAGAUUGACGAGAGUGUGUGUGUGUGUGUGAGAGUGUGUGUUCAGAUUAACCCAUCAGGACUGAGUGUGUAGCAGGUCGGGUCAUGACACAAGGGUUAAAGCAAGCAGAUGUUCCUGAGAGCAUGUUACAUCGGCACAGAUCGAGCGACCCUUUAAACUCAAAAAAAUAAAACUUGUUUACUUUCAUUUCGCCUCCGGCCUCCAGAGAGUUCAGCUUUUUGUGGCACGCAGUGAAAAUUACAAGUUCUGCUGUCGUCUUGGGAUCAAACUCUUUUAAUUUUGCUGAUGUGUUUGCAGUUUCUCAAGAAGCCAGGUACUUUUUUCGUGGUUUUUAUGCCUUUGCUUGUUUGGAAAAAAAGAUUGACACCGGGGUCUUUUUGGACAAUAACAGAAAAACCUCAAGGCUGUCCAACAUAUUGAUCGAUUUCAAUUCCAGCUCUGGAACUCUGGAGUAGAAAUCACUGCAUGGGGUCAAAAUCACUGCCAAAAUUCAGUCUGUGGACACAGUUUGUUGCCGCAUCACAAGUGAAGGUUAAAAUUAGAGAAUUAAAAUCCUGCACCUGUAGAAGAUUAAUCUUGCUGGCAUGGUUUGCAUGUUAGGUAAAAAGCCAAUUGCUUUGUUUUUUUUGAGAAACAUUGGGAACAUUUGCAGGAAAACUUGGUAGGAUCUUGUAAAUCCAUAACCUUAAGCUUUGGUAGAUCACAUCUGUUUCUUCGCCAAAAUUUUAUUAUUAAACUCCCCUGUCUCAGCUGCAGACUGUUAGCAGUAGAAAUCAAACUUUAACUUGGUGGUUAAACUUGGAUUUAGAUUAUCACAAAGUCAUGACACUAAUACUCUUUGAAUUAUUAACUGCUGACCAAAAAACAGACUGUAUUUGAGUGAAUCCUCUGGGACAGAGUAUUAGGGCCACAUUGAGAAAAGUUUGGUUAAAUGUUAUGACUUAAUUCUCAUAAAUAAAUGACUGUAUUUUCAAAGUCUGUAAAUUUUUAUUUUUUCAAUGUGGCCCUAAUAAUCCGUCAUAGUCCUCAAAUGCAGGCUGGGUCUUUUAUUUGCCCAUUUUGGAUAAGGCACCAGGCCUUUAUAUGAGGCAGGUUUUAAUUAGAGGCAGGCCACAUUGAGAAAAGUUUGGUUAAAAUAUUAUGACUUAAUUCUCGUAAAUGAAUGACUUUAUUCUUAAAGUCAGUGAAAUUUCAUUUUAUCAACCUGGCCCUAGUAUUCCGUCGUAGUCCUCAAAUGCAGGCUGGGUCUUUUAUUUGCCUGUAUUGGCUAAGGCACCAGGCCUUUAUAGAUACAGGGUGCAAGAGUAUGUUGCUGACUGUAUGUAAAGAAAUGCAGAAAUGUCAGAGGUUGUUACACUCUUUAGACCGCACCGUUGGAAAAGGAAAGCCAUGGUUUCUGUGCCCCAGCUGCCUCUCAGAAGUGCGACUAUCAGAGUUUCAGCAGAGACUUUCUAUGAAACCCCGUCUCCCUGUAUGUCCUCCUCUCCUGUCUGUCCAUGUUAUCGUCCUGUUAACUGGAACAGCGGCGCACUCAAAUUGGAGAUGUUGGCUUGUAAAGCUGCUGCAGUUGAAAGGGAUAGUAUUGGACUGCUGCAGAAAAACUGAGGAUGCCAGCUGUAAUGAUUUGUUUGACCCUGUAUGCACUAACCUCGGUGUGUUUGCGUGUCUGUUUUCUCUAGCGGUGAAGAGGCUGAUGAAGGAGGCUGCAGAGCUGAGGGACCCCACAGAGCAUUAUCAUGCACAGCCACUAGAAGUAAGUUCACCACAGGACAACACCAAACUUCUGUAACUCUAUGUGUACUGUAAAGCUUCAAUUUGGUAUCACUAAAACUUAGGGAUGGAAAUCACCAGUGGCCCCACGAUAUGAUAUUAUCAUGAUAUUUGGGCCACGAUACGACAUUUUUGUGAUUUUUUAACGUUUUGCAAUACAGUGAGUAUUGCGAUACAAUUGGGUUUGCAAAACUUUUUCAACUGUUUAGCUAAUUUAGAAUUGGUCUCCCCCUUAUGUUUGUCUUAUUGACGCAAGAUUUUAUUUUCUUGUAGCAAAUCUUGCAAACCUUAUAUAUAUUGAAGUGGUUCCCCUAGAAUGUUUUUUAGCAGCGCUGUUACCCUGUUACCGCUGUUACCCUGACUCUCUCGCCACUCAAGGAACUACGCUGUUACUUUCACAUUACAUUACCCACGCUACUCGCUACAUAGACCGAGUUUUGUUGUACUCGCAGAAAUCAUUAGUGGCGCAUUGAUAUUAAUGCUACUUUUAAUGCUACUUGCUAUAUAGACCGUGUGUAGGCUUGAACAUUACCUUUCACGUUGAUGGAAGAGUGUCUGACAGGAUUUAGUGCGCUCGUUGAUGAUUUAAAACAAGUCGAAAAUAAUGUUGUAUGUUGUUGUGCUCACACAGUGCGAGCUGAAAUCAUUAGUGGCCCAUUGAUGCGGCGCGCUGCUGCUAAAUGAAUGUAGGAGAAACACUGUAUUUGUUGUACGAACUUUCUCCUGCUCUAUGAUGUCACCUCUGCCAACCUCACUGGACAAACAAUUGAUUUUAUUUUUUCAUUAUCAUAGAUUUGACUUCAUAUUAGCAAUUAAUUUGAAAAAAUCGAUACUUGGUAAAUGAGACUAUACGAUAUAUCGCCAGACAAAAUAUCGCCAUACUAUGCUGUAUCGAUUUUUGUAGCAUCUUUGCUUAAAUCCGUUUCCAAGGGUGUGGUAAUAUACAGCUAGUAAUGACAACAGCUUAACCUGAAUCAGCUGUUAUCACAGUCUGCCUCACUGUCUGCUGUGUGUGUGUCUUUUAAACCCUCUUUAAAACUAAGUUUUAUGGUACAUGCAAAGCCGCCCAGCAUACUCAGGGCUCUAUUCUACUCCUGACUAAAAGCAUCUUAUCACACAGCGCAGGUGUCAUCCUUAUUUUCACACUUAUCAUUUUUUACACUCAGCACCCACAUUGUGUAAAUAGCAAGUGAACUUGCGCUCAUGUCUUUGCCCUUGAGCCAUGGUUUGGUAAAAUGUACCCACCAAAUUGCAAACUCUGACCUGAUGCAUAUUUAAAUUUUGGAGGUGAGGGAAAUUGAAGAUCACUCUGAGUCCUGUAAACACAUUGGAAAAACUGCAGUGGCACUCAUGUAACAAUGGAUGAUGGAUGCACUGCACUGCUGAAAGGCAACAGUGUGUGAAUGAGGCAACAAUGUUUAUUUACCUGCUGGAUUUUAUUUUAUUCAACACCUGCUGCAAGGAACAAAGAGAAUGUGCUCUCUGUCCUCCAUUCACAAGCACCCAAUUUCUGUCAGGGUCGUUAUUUUCUCUGCUGUUAUUUGCUCCUCUGUUGCCAUGUUUCACUGCGAGGAAUCUCUAAUCUGCCGGCUCAUUUGUUUGCAUUUUCAUUCACAAGUUGCUUUGCAUUGAGCAUCUAUGGAGGAACGUGGGUGUGUAGAGGGUGAGAUAUGAGGUUGAUCAACAAGCGUCUGCUCCAAGGUGGAUUAUGAUUUGCAGAGGGAAUAAUGCCUGCAAAUGUGCAUGUGCAUGAUUUUAUAAAUCUGGCUUAUUUCUGACAAACGCCUUUUCCUUUUGUGACACACUUUCUUUUUUGGUGUGGAUUCACUGUUUUAUAAAUUAAACUCCUGAUCUGUCCUGAUGAGCAUGUCUCUAGCAUGUAUUUAAUGUCUCCCUCUCUCUGCAGGAUAACCUCUUUGAAUGGCACUUCUCCGUGCGUGGACCUCCAGAUUCAGACUUUGACGGCGGGGUGUACCACGGCAGGAUCGUUCUCCCGCCAGAGUACCCCAUGAAGCCUCCUAGCAUCAUCCUUCUCACAGUAAGACAAUGACAGAGGCCACAUCCCGAUCUGAUGUGAUUAAUCUUUCGCCAAAGCAGAACAGAAAGACGUCAAAUCAGAUGAUCAAAGAGUUGAAAACGGACGGCAUGUCAUUUAACCCUCAGCGGUUUCUGAAAUGACAGUCUUCAGAUCAAAGCUCGAGCUGCCAUCGCACUGUCACAGAGGAUUUCACCGCUUUUAUCACACCGUCUUAUAAUAUUCAGACAGCUGUGUGACACCUGCAAUAAAGACAGGCUGAUAAAAGACACAGCACUCUCAAUACUUCAUACUCCGUCCAGAUACUUUUUAUAACACUUCUUGUUCUUUCUUUAUUUCUUUGAGAACUAGAAAAGCUACCUGCAUCAAUUAUUAUUCCAAACUCUUUUCUUUUCUUUUUCAAACUUCAUGUCUGUCUGUUUGUCGCAACCGCUGAGACUUGUUGUUUUAUUAAAGUAUCCUCGCCCACACACUUACCUCCGCCUCUUUUGUUUUCAGCCAAACGGCAGAUUUGAAGUUGGUAAGAAGAUUUGUUUGAGUAUCUCUGGCCACCAUCCAGAGACCUGGCAGCCCUCCUGGAGCAGUGAGUAUCCUCAGAGUUCUCCACAUUUGGCCGAAUCCCAGAGUCGUCUUCCCACAGCUGUGGUUCAGUUUAUAAGUUUGGUUCAAAAGGUCUCAAUAAAACAUAUUCAUAAGUAUUAUUAUUUGUAGCCAGAGGCGUAUUGAUCUUUUGCCCUUAUAUGUCAGUGCAGGCAGCCUUAUUUUUGGUAUUGCACUCUGAGACUGAGAGUCUACAGCUGCCUGUAACACCAUGAUAUUCUUAUUUAUCUGAUAACUUUAGCGCCAUGAUGGUGACAACAGUGCUGUUUCAGUCAGGCUAAUAAAUUUACAUGUAUUUUAAAGUGCUGUUUCAGUCUGACUAAUGCAAGAAAAUGAGUUUUUGAAGGUCGAUGCACUUGGUGACAAAAUCAAGAUUUCUUAAUGCACACGGUUUGAUCAGACUUAUUUUCCACCAGGGAUUUGAUUGCAGAUAUUGAAGUCUCUCUACUGGCUGCAAGGUGAAGUGCCCAUACGUUUAACAAUCUAGGGUCUUGGUGAAGACAUUCAGUACAUGCAAAGUUAAGGCUUGGUUAGUGAUUUAACUAGACUACUGACCUUAUCCCAGUUUACGUCCACUCACUUUUGACUGAAGCAUGUCCUCCUCCACUAUGGUGGGUGGCAACAGUUCAUUACCAUCAGGUCAUCUCUAGAGGUUGUCUCCCCCGGUUGAUCUGUUACAUUAAAAAUGGUCAACUAAACGAGUCAGGAUGUACCAUUUGUUGGUACCAUAGGAAGGUAAUGCUGCAUUCCAGUUACCUCAGAAGUUGGAUGUCAGAGCUUGGAAUGACAUUACAGUGUUCUAGAUGACAAGUCGGAAAACCAAGAUGGACGCCUACUGUUAGCUGUUGUUAACAAUUGUCAGCUAUCAUUAGCUGUUGUCAGCUGUUGUUAGCCGUUGUCAGCUGUCAGUUAUUGUUAGCUAUAACAGCCAUAAACAAAGCAUAACACAGUAUUUUAUUCUUAAACACCAUAGCACCAUGUUCACAGUUAGACGUUGGGCAGUACAACAGAAGUGCUAAUAAAUCAUACAUUCCGAGAGCUUUCACUGUUACUCUUUACUGUUGAUGCACUGCGCUGCCAUCUUGGAUUAUGACGUUGUUGUCAAGUCGGGGCUGGUGAGGAUUGUACGAAUCCAACUUUAGGGGGCGUUUCAGAUGAAUUUUUGACUUGGAGCUCGGAAAUUCUGACUUCUGAGUACAACUGGAACGAAGCAUAAAAAAAACUCACUGUGGACCAAAGCAUGUCCUCCUCCACUAUGGUGGGUGGCAACAUGCUCCCUUUCAGUUCAUUACCAUCAGGUCAUCUCUAGAGGUUGUCUCCCACGGUUGAUCUGUUAUAUUAAAAAUGGUCAACUAAACAUGUCAGCAAGAGGCUGGGAUGUACAGUCAAAUGAUGUACCAGUUGUUGGUACCAUAGGAAAGUUUUAGCCUCUCUUCGUCUCUGGAGGUUUUACUUACUGGUUUCCUAGCAACGAAUUUGCGGGAUUCAACUCCUGACUCACUUGUGAACUCUGGAGCACGCAUAGAAUACUUAGGUCAGUGGCAGUUCAAUUUAGCUGUAUACAUGAAGGAGAAAAUUGAUCCCCAACCAAAUUAUCCAGGUGUGUUAGUCCUUGAUUUAGAGUGAUUUCAGUCGGACUCAUGUGUUUACAUUGUGUUUACACGUGUUUGUGACUGCAGAGCAUGUGUCAGGCAUAGAGGUUAUCAGACACAAAACAACAGAGAUCUUCUUGGUAUUGUUUCUCCACCAGCCUCGGUACGGUCUGUGUAUGAGAAAUACUGCACUUGCAGAGUCAACCGGAUAAUUAAUUUCUGCAGAGAACCUCAAUUUCUGGACUUGUAUUCCAUCCUUGUAAUAUAAUUUCCCAGCGUGGGACUUAAAUCAGACACAGCACAGCGGGUGACGGGUCAUCCUUUCAAAGUAUUUUCCAAUUUGAUUUCUUCUUUUGACAAAAACAAAAGAUCUGGACCAAUAUCAGAGUUAAAUAACAGACAAAGGUUCCUUUUUUUACCCACAUGGUGCCUGUCACAUGGCUGGCCACGCCUGAGAGAUUUGACUUCCUCCUGCUGGGAUCUUAAAGUGUAAUGUUCAAGUUGUGUCUCAUCUUGUUUUGAACGACAGCAGGAGGCCUGGCAGGAAAUUAACACUGACUGCAGGCCAGCUGUAGUCACUCCAGAAUUACACACAUGGUUGCUGGCUGCUGUGUAGAAAUGUGGCUGAGUAUUUCAAAUAUUUCCCAUAGUUUCAAGCUUAUCAGUUUAAUACUUAAUGUUUACUACGUAUUUCUUUUUAUUCUAGUCUUAUGUUCUCUCUGACAGAUAAUUCUUAUAAUUAAAGUCAACAGGUCUAUUAUAAGCAUUUACAAUCAUCAUGAUGAUGAUAAAAUCAAUUAAAGCAGUUGGGAGUCAAGCUGCUCUGAAAUUAACAUUAGCGCUUAACCGUGAUGAUAAUGGCAAGAGUGGUUUAAGUAGUUUGAGCAGUUAGAGUUAGGCAGGAAGUGGAGAAGUAAGACAAGGAGGCUGAAAAACUCUCAGGAGGACCUGUAGUCAGUAAACUCAACAGGUAAUUACAGCCCUACCUGUCAUGUAUGAUCGCAAAAUUCACCUCUCUUGAUUGGGAGAGGCACUUAUCAUUACACUGCUGCCGUGGGAUCAUUGAAGGUGUCCAGUAAACUCAAAAAUACUCUGGAAGGAACUGUUGCUGAACACCACAGUGCAUGAACACGCUUCUCCAUCUUCCAAGUCUAAAAGUAGUCAUGCUUAAGGUCAAGACUAAAGGUUCUUAAACACUGGGAACGACGUAAAUAUACGACGCGAAAUUACGGUAUGGUAUGUUUUAUCUGAACAGGUUAGCUUACGAGCUAAAGUUACUUAGCACAGAUGAAAGUUAAAACAAAGAUGUUUAGCAAACUGUUAAAGCACACAAACCAUCGUCAUAUGAGAAAUCCGACGCUAUGACUGUCCACAAGUUGUCCUUCAGGUCGUUAUCUUUGUAAUGUUUGUCUUUUAUCAAAAGGAAAUCUGUUCUCCGACACGUAAACAAUCAGCCAGUUGGCCAUGUUGGAUAUACCGGUGAAUCAGACAUAGCAACAACACCAAAUCUGAUUGGUCAGAAGAGGACACACAGUAUGCGAAACUUUAGAAACUUCGACUGUGAUACGAAAAAAAAAAAUGCUGCAAUAUCGUAGGACGGGAAAACGUCGCUGAUGUGAACGCUUGUAUUGACAGGAUAUGGAUUCAAGAAAAAUAUUGACGUCCAAAAUAAUCGCACGAAAAAAGUGCUACCGGUGUGUAAGGACCUUAACUCUGGGUUAGGGCUGGGUGAUAAACCGAAAAUUUACCGUUACCAAAGUUUACAACAAUAACCAACAUCAUUUUGCCCAUAUCAGUAUAUUCUGUGUCAAAUAAAUAAAUAAAUAGGUGGGCUACGGUCUCAUGUCCCUUAAGAUGCUGUCAGAGACAUGACUCCACCCCAUCCAGUCCGUAACAAAGAGGGAUAGACAGGUGAGGAGAUGGAGGACAGUUAAAAAGUUGUAGCAGCUGGAGAGGCGGCUGAAGUAGACAAAAUUAAUGAGGGUGGGGGUGAGCAGCUUGUGGAGUAGUUAUCGUCCGUUUAUCGUUAUCGAGGUGAACUGCUCAAUAUAUUGUGAUAUUGACUUGAGGCCAUAUCGGUCAGCCCUACUCUGGGUCACUGUUGCCUCAAGUCACCAUCCUAAAAGUCAGGAUUUGAGUGCUCCAGCUGUUUAAAAGUUGUGAACUAAGAAGACUUUAUUGACAGACUCACUAAAGUUUCAAAGUAAAAUGUGCCGCUGCUCCUCGUUUUAAUCAAACAGGUCACACACAACUUCACUGUUUAAAAUACUUAGAUUUUUAUUCAAACGACAAAGAGUGAAGAGUAAUUUAUGUAAUGGGUUUUAUCUCAUAAUGUGAGCAGGUGUGUUGAGCUCUGAUAGCCGUAGCCAGUCUCAUCAGUACUGUUUAAACAAAGGGGAAACUGCUGUCAGUCUCAUAAUGCAUAUUUUUAUUUUUUUUUUAAAGAAGAAGAGGAGGACUUUUCAAGUGAAGUAGCUGUAUUAGUUAUUAGUUUUAUGAUAUCAGGUGCUGUUAAAGAUAAUUUAUAGGCCUUGGAUAAUUAAGCUCUUUUGCUGUUGAGUGUUUUAGAGUCCUGGCAUGACUGUGUUGGAAAUCCUUAUUAUUAAGCAGGUAAUUCCAGGUUUUGAAAAGCAAACAGCACUGGCAUUUCUGGCCCUGGCACCCAUUUGUUUAGACUCAAAUGUGCACCAUCUGCCCUGAUUUAAUUUGAUUUUUGUUCUCUGCUUCAUUUCUGGUACCAUGCUGGUAGAUCUAUGUUCAGGUGCAGGGGAGGGUGAGGACAGGUGGUGCUUUAGCUGCCUCACAGAGACCUUUAGAUGAGUUAAAGAAAGUAUAAUCUAGGAGAAAGCACCAGAAUCACUAGUAGAUCAAACAGAUUAAAGAUAUUAAUAAUCAAAGGCUUGAAAUGGGUAACUUGCACAUCUGUGAAGGCUGAACAUUAUGUACAGGUUUUGGAGCUGCGAUCUAGACAAUGACUUUUUCAGAUAAAGCCAAUCAACUGAAGUCCUGUAUCAGACUAGAACAGGACAACAUUCAUCUUUCAAGACUCCUGAAAUUGGUCUCCUGGGUUGACAAACAUUUACAGAGUGUUAUUGAAAAGAAGAUGUGAUGCAGCACAAUGGUAAACAUGUUUGUGUCCCUGCUUGUUUGAGAUGUGUUGCUGGCACCAAAUUGAAAUGGGGGCAAACGUUGUAUUUGUCAUCAAACAAGAAGAUAUCAUACCACAGCAACAAUUUCCAUUUUUCAAAAUGUAGGAACUGUUGUGGAAAUCUCUGCAGGGGCUUGAAAUUACUUUCAAAAUGGAUUGUCUCUGAACAUGGUUCAUCACUGCAUUCACAAAUGAAGGUUAAAACUGAAAACAUAUAUGAAUACAACCCGGGAAACUUCUCUGGGCCUAAACCUAUUGAAGAUAAAGUAAGGCAUUGUGGGAAACUGCCUGAUGAAUCUGUAUUCAACAUUAACUUUGGAAACUAUGAGUGCUGCAACCUCUGGCUUAAAAAGAGAACGGCCACCCUGCCUGUAAAUUUGGGGUUUAAAUGAUUUGCAAAUCAUUGAAAUUUUCCAACAGCGUGUUUAAUCUUUUUAGAAUUGAGGUUGUGUUUUGGGCCUCCAGCUGCUUUAAUUCAGCGGGCUAUAAUAGAUUGACUAAAGAUCAGAAUAAACACAGCCAGUCAAAACAUUAGCCCCAACACAAACACACCCUUGACCCCUACCAUAUUGUCAAACGUGUCUUGUGCCAGCUGGAGGAAGUCUGGGGACAGACGCAGGGUGAAUGUCCUCCCAGAGGCUAGGGUAAAUCCAGGCUUACGCUCAAAAAAACAAAGCAUCAUUUCAUUACAUAACAGGAGUUCUGAACACAGAGACAUGUGCAUCCUGUCAUGUCAUUUAACCUUCUCUGUUUUACCCAGAAAUGAUGAACAUGCUGCAUGUUACUUUGUCUCUUCUCCUCUCUGAUUUCUCCUCCGUCUGUCUGUCUGUUUCUCUUCCAGUUCGAACCGCUUUAAUAGCUAUAAUCGGAUUCAUGCCAACAAAAGGAGAGGGAGCAAUAGGAUCCCUUGAUUAUACCCCAGAAGAGAGGAGGGCCCUCGCCAAAAAGUAAGAUGUGACUGAUGAAAGCUUGUGCACAUGUUGUGUAUGCACUGUAACGAAGAGAGAAUGAUAAUGAGGAGAGAGCGUAAAGCUGUGUGUAUCUUAGAGAUCAGUGUUUUUGAUCCUUUCAGCCUGAGGUACCCCCACAGCCAGUCCAUAUAAAUUCACCUCAACCCUUCAUUUGUUUCCACUCACCGUGUUCCAAAUGCAAAAAGAUCAUCUGGAAAGUUAGUUUCACAGCUGAAGUAGACAUACUGUCCAUUACAGAUAUCUGUAUCUUACCAAAAGAGUGUUUCAGAUGUCCACUAAGAUAGUCAACCUUUCUCCUAUUUUCUCAUGGAUAUUCAUAUUUAAUACGCAAACACAUAUAUUUUUAGAGUUUUUUUUGCCAUUGUGCAACACUAAACAGAGCAGAUUAAGCUCCUCCUGCAUGCACUGACUCACAAGUUUGUAACCCUAAGUGCUUUUGUUGGUUAGAUAUGUGCUCACAAAUGUGCUGAUUUAAUGAAGCAUUUUGCUUCCGUGCUGCUCCAAGCCGACCCAUGAGUCACCGGCUAACAUUUGUUAGCAUCUUAAAGCCGAUGUUUCAGUGAAGAUGACGACCUUGUCAACUGGUGUCUUUCAGCUGCAGUUUUUCGUAGAAGGACUAUCUUUUCUUUUUUCUUUAAAUAAUAUCUUGAUUGACUUUCAUUUCACAUAAUACAGACAGUUUUGUAAUGUAAUUGUGUAUUACGAAAGUGUAAAGUAUUUUUCCCAUUCGUUUCAAACACCCCCCUCACCACACACACACACAAAAAUUAAAUGAAUUGAAACAACAAACAAACACUAAACUCUCUCUAAUAAUACAAGAAUUCACAGAACAUUAAGUACUUUUUACAAUAAAUAAUUUCUUAAAUUACACAGUCCCAUACCAUAAAGAUAUAGUACAUACAUUUUCAGUAUUUACAACCUUUUAUGUAUUUUUUCCUUUUUUUUGGAACUAUCAACAAACAAUUUCACUUUUUUCAUUCAGUGUUUUUCAUCAUGUAGAAGCCCUUCUAUAUCUCCAUUCUUAAUAUAGCUAUCAAAUGGUAUAAAAGGACUAUCUAACAAUUAUAUUUUGACACUAUAAUAGAGAGAGAAACCAAGAUGCCCCCACAAGUAUUGCCUUUGCAUGUCAGCAGUCCUUUUAACCACACCAUGUUGUUAAUUUAGCAUCAUAGCACUCAGCCUUGUAAACAACACCAACAAAGAUCCUUGAACAAGCGCAGAGCUGCAACAGAUGACAACUGAAUACGCCCCGACUAUUAUCUCUGGAUUGGCACAUUCUGGGGCGGCGUGAUAUUGGAAAAAAACAAUAUUAUAUUGUUUUUCUUAUCUGCAAUACAUAUAUAUUGUGAUAUAAAAUGCGUCAAAUCAGAUCCAUGCAAUGUCUGACACCUGCAUGGAGAAAUGCAAAGACAGGUGGGAUGACUCUUUACUUCAUAAUCUGAUCUCACAAAUAAAGUUAACUUAUACACAUUUAAUGAUCGCAGCAGCGUCACAUGGCAUGUUUACAUUCCACGGUCACCUGACAGGAACAAACCCUGCAUGCUCAGCAGCCAGUAUUAAGUGACGGACUGCAUUAAAGUGACAUCAGGCAGAUUUUGAUUGGAGAUUGAUCAUGCAAAACAAGAAUUCCCACAACUUCCCGACCUAUUUGGUUGCUGCUAAUUGUCUUAAUGAGUCACUUUGUUUUUUGUUACAUGUAAAAAUAGAGAUAUUUUGUUACUUAAAUCAUUAUUCAUCCGAAGUCAUUGAUUUUUCUGUUCAAACUUCAUACAUGCAUGUAGCAUAAUCAGCACCUGAGCCUGGGAUGAAAAGCCUCACACUAAUAAUUGCAUAUUCAUAACAGAAAAGCAGCGCUCCCAUGCCAGUUCUGUUUCUGACAAAUUCAUUAUUAUCGCCAAAAAAGCCUCCCUCUAGAGAAAACAUGAAUGGGCACGUUGCUCUUUUUUCACACCAUCUCCCUGAGAGGAAAACGGCACAAAAGCCAAAGAAAGAGAGGAUCCAGUUAAAGCCGCUGCUCUAUUAACACAUGAGAGAGGGUCUGUGACAGGGGGCUGUUUCAUUAUCACAUGGAGAUGAGAUAAACAGGAGGACGCUCUUUACCAUAAAUACAAGGCUGCUUAUCUCCUCUGCAAAAAAAAUCAUUUUCCUAACCCUCGCUGUGAGGCUGAGGCAGCUCCUCUCUUUGGUUUCUCAUCUCCUGUUCCUGUGCCCCUGGAGAUUGUGAGAGCUGUCAGUCAGACUGAGGCCUCUGCACAGCUGGGGAAGGAUGCCGUCCAAUGUUUUCACAGUUUGCCAAGUUUGUGACAAGUGUUUGACAAGUUAACAGCUAAAGAAGUUGGUCAGCAAGGGAUGUGGGAGGACAAACACAAAGGGGCCCAGAGGAUGAAGAAGAGAAGAAAAUGAAAACAUUUCACUUGUGUCUGACAAACUAUCACCUUUAUGGAGAUAUUUGUUGGUAUCAUGGGUAUGUCAUAUCAUUAGGAUAAAGUUUGUAAUGCUUAUAGGUGGAUUGUGAUAUUUUAAAGGACAGAAUCAAGAAGACUUGUGUCAAAAUCUCUAAUCUUGAAGACUUUCAAGUAGAGAUGCACCGAUCAAUUUUUUCAGAUCCAGGGUUAUUUAUAUAGCACAUUUAAAAACAACAAAGUGCUGACCAAAGUGCUGUACAGUAGAAUUAAAAACAAAAUAAAAAGAACCAGACAAUUAACAUGAACAAUAAAACAAGACACAGGAACACAUUAAAAACAAGGGGACAUAGAUGGUUCAGUAAAAACAUGAUUAAAAGGCCAAAUUCUCAGGAGUUAAAAGCCAGGGAGUAAAAGUGCGUUUUUAAAUUUGAUUUCAAAACAGACAGUGAAGGGGACAGUCGGACAUGAAGAGCAUUCCAGAGCUUAUGCGCAGCAAUGGAAAAAGACCGGUCUUCCCUGGACUUUAAUCCUGACCUAGGGACAGUCAGAAGGCACUGGUCAGAGGAUCUGAGAGUCCGAGAUGAAAUAUGGGGUUUUAAAAGGUCAGAGAGAUAAAAAGGAGCAAGCCCGUUUAAAGAUUUAUGAGUUAAUAAGAUGAGUUUAAAAUUAAUCCUAAAACGCACAGGAAGCCAGUAAAGAGAGGCUAAAAUCGGGGAAAUGUGGUCUUAUUUACGGCGACCAGAUAAAACAUGAGCUGCAGCAUUUAAGCUGUAAACGAUUGAGAGAGGUUUGGCUGGCACCAAAAUAAAGUAUAGGGCGCCAUUUUGACAUUAGCCAAUAGGAUGUUAGAGGGCGAUCACCUGAGCUGUCAGCUGACUAAGGCCUUUAGCUUGACUCCGUGUCCUGUCUGAACUACCGCUAUGCUUCAUUUAAUAUUAUUUAUGAACAAAUAACAAAUUGCACAUUAGCACACAGCAAAAGAAGACUUCCAUGUAAACAUUUAGUAAAAAAGGAUUGACAGAUAUUGAAUAUAGAGCGAACAGAAUUGCUAUGUCGUUGUGAUGAUAUUAAGUAAAAGAAAAAAAAAGACUGGAUCGAGAGCUGGAUCCGCAUCAUUUAUCAGAUAUCCGAUCCAGUUAAUUUGUCAAUAUUGGAGCCGAUAUCUGAUCCAAAUAUUGCACUGAUAUCCAAUUCAAAUAUUGAAUCGGUGCAUCCCUACUUUCAAGUACUGUGUGCUACAAAACAAAAAAAGCUUUCCUCAGAUCUCACCCUAUGGCAGCAAGGAUGUCCUCCAGCCUCCAGUAACCCCAAACAGGAUCAUCUUAAUGACCUAUUAGCAAAAUCACUAAGUAAUGAUAAAUCCAAAACUCUGUCUCAUUGUCAAGUUUGACAUUGUGUUUUUGCCAGUGGAUUGUAGUGGCUGUGGGAAGAGUGAUAACUUCUUAUAUCUUAAACAACAACAUCCUCCUCUGCCGCAGAAAGCUCUUUCUCUGUAAGGAUCUUUUCCGUGAUGCUGUCAAAAACACCUGGAUCAACAACCUGAGCCUGUCAGCGACAAAAACAGGGACUUUUAGUCGACAGACUUGGAUUAAAGCUGUUAUAGGCUGUGAGAUUUCUGCCGACUGAAGCUUUCUACUGGAGCAAGUCCCAUCUUGUCUAUAUAUUCCACAAACAUAAAGCUUAGACUUAUUCCUUUUUUUAUAGUGAUAUUUUAUUGGGUUUUGAAUAUCGUACAUCACAGGUACACAUGUGGCAAAUGUUGUAUAUGUUGUAAACAUUGACUUGUAUCUAUAGAGUAAACAAAUAACUAUAUUAUACAAUGCUUACUUUGCAGGAAAGAGGGAAAGAAAAAUAACCACAUGGUAGCAACAACGUCAAAAAACAAAAAAAGAAAAGGGCAAUACCAGAACAAUGUAACAAAAGAUAAAACAGGACAGCAUGACAAUAAAAUACUAAAAAAACCCAUUGUUGACUAAAAUUUGAUGACUUGUGACUGACUAAAACUAGACAAAAAUAUCCUGUUUGUCCUCAACAAAACUAAAACUAUAAAGAGAAAAAACGUGACACAGACUGUGAAGUUUUUCCAUCUAAAGACUGAGGCGAGAUCGGAAAUCGCUGUCAAAAUUAAUGCUGACCGAAAGACUUCUCUAUUCCUUAGUUUUGUUGCAAUUUAAGUCGAUUAUCAGACAAUUUUCAAAAGUACAAAUGCUCCAAAUUGCCACCAAAGGCCAACCGUGUAAAAGCCUCUCCUGGAUGUCCUUAUUUCCUCCUCAGUCUCUCUCUCCGAAGUCUUUUUACCGCGAACAUGAAUUAAUGGUGCAUGCAGAACUGCACACUUUGGACUGGUUUCCUUUUUCAUUCUACAGGCAGGAUGUUGAAGAAGUUACCCAAAAAAAAAGAUUCCACCACUACAAAAGGAGUUUCUGAAGUUGUUCAAGCCUUUAAUUUUUUCGCACAAUAGCUUCCUGAUGAAACUCUCCCUUCUCUUAAUGGUACUAAAUUUCAACUGUAACUGCAGGAUUCAAGCUCCUUCACUAAUUACUGACAUAAAACCUUUGACAUGCUGCUCCCCUCUCAGUAUGCAGCUCAGAUUUUUACAAACCACAUCUCCAGUUAUUGCAAUUCUCUGUGGUCAUAAUUAUCAACAUUUAAAAGGGUUCAAACAGAAAUUCGUAUGAGCCACUAGCAGCAACUGCAGAGCCUGUCUGCAUGUGUCCUGCUCUAGGAGACACAGACAGCGCAUUUAAGCUGUCAUAGUCCACUGACAUGAUAACUGGAGGGCGUAGGAGUUCAUCCCUCGAGUCCUGCAGAUUGUUUGACGUCUAAUUCUCCAGCUACAUCUGAACUUCACUCGAAGAAAAUCCAAUUUUCUGUUUGGCUCCAGAGGCAGACGCUGAUGUGGAUCAUUUAAUGCCGUAAUGUAUCCAAAUCUAUCCAUACCACCUUUAGCCUGAGGAGCUCCAUGGUGAUGUUGUGGUGUUCCUUAGAGCAUGAUUCAUCUCUCCUCCUCACAGCUGCAACAUCAGUCCAUUAGCUGCUGCAAGGGACGAUUAGCUUCUCCAAUACAAAUCCCCAGAAACGUCUUUUUAUGUGUUGCUUUUCCAUGUUUUUUUCCACAUCGGUGCACCGAGCGGGAGUGUUGCUUCUUCCCUCGGUAAUAUUGCACUGCACCCUGCUGUCAGGCCUGGCAUGAGGGUGUAAAGGUGCGCCAAACAGUCUGAACCUUUUGCUGGGAUCUGGCAUGUGACUGUGCCACAGGUGGAGAAAGCAGCAGCAAAGCCAUCAGCUGAGGAUUCAUUGUGAGGCAGCCAACAGCACAGGCAGCCAAAUCCAUAAAUGCUCAAAGCUUUUUGAAGCUGCAUUUUCUGCCAGUCUCUCCAGGACGCACACACAAUUCUGAGAAAUACAGGCAGCUCGGUCUGAAAACCUUUAUAACUUCAUAAUCACGCUGCCAAAUUACCUUUUUUUUUUUUUUCAUUGGCAGAUAUAUCAACAAGCCUCCAUCUGCAAGGAUGAUUAUUUUGUGCAACUUUUGCAUUUGAAUAUCUGAAUAAUUCAGAAGUCUUUUUUGUUCUUCUAUGUCUUUGUUCGUGUUGACCACAGUAAACUCUGAAUGCCGACCAACAAACCUAAGCUGUAGCUGUGACUUAAACUGGCUGCUGCUCAGCUUCUCUCUCCCAUGUUCCACAAUAUUUCAGAAAAGUCAGAAACGGCCUCAAUUUGCAAGAUGUAAACCUCAAAAUCCAGCCUGAAGAAUGCGGGUUUUCCAAAAAAUUCAGAUUGAACGACUGUUAAACAUGACCUGCUCAUGUCUAAACGGCCUUUAAGGAACUAUUAACUAGAUUUGAAAAAAAUCUCUCAUUUCUGUCUCCCUGUCACCUGUAACAGCGAAUGAGCCCAUCUGUGUGAAGACAAGCUAUUUCUAAGUAGUGAAAACAGGAGCCAGCGGUCCGGUUGGGACCACAAACGAAACGAUUUACAGCAUUCAGACCAGAGAUGACACACGUGUUUUUCUCUCUUUAUUUAGCACUGAAAACAUGCAUAUUACUGUCACUACACAAACGGUGACAGUGUCUUGCAGCAGGAGACUCCUGCAGACACUGUGUCAUGCUAUAGCUGCAGCCACAGAGUGAGAACCUCCUCCACACUGGAGACAGACACGCAGAGCACUUCUGUGUCACUGACCUCUAGAGUCUUGUUGCUCCACGCCUGUCUCACACUCCGUGGCGGGCUGACCCAGACUCGCUUCCCCUUUUUAAUACAUUUACAAAGUAAGUUGCCUCAAACUGCUCACAAAAAAAGUUUGUUUCUGGAACCCUGACGAGUGUCUUUACGACUAUAAGCGCUAAAACAUUACUGCUUUUCUCCAUAGUGGCUGACAAACUAAACAAAAAUAAAAUCUCCUUCCAGCUGCUUUAAAUUAGGAUUAUCUUGAUAUCAGAUUUUCACCUUAUGAUUGUCACUGCUAUCAAAUAUUCGAUAGAUUCAAGAUUCAAGAUUUGUUUAUUGGUCAUGUGCAUGUUAGACAAGGUCAACAGUGCAAUGAAAUGCCCUGGAUGAAAGGACCACUCGACUCAAAAGGGUACAGAUAAAGACACACAAUAGUACUGAAAGAAUACAAUAAAAUAAGGAUACAAAAAACUGGGAAAAAAAGUAUAUAUAUGUAUUUAUAUAUAUAUAUAUAUAUAUAUAUGUAUAUGUAUAUACAUAUAUUAAAGACAAAUAAAAGUAUAGGACAAAUAUCUACAAAGUUCGAGAAAUAUUUACAAUUGAAAAAGGAGAUAUUUACAAAGUGAACAAGCGAUGCAGUAGGUGCUGAUUGUGAAUGUACGAAAUGGAUGAUAAGUCGGUGGGAUAAAUGAGCUAUGAAAACUGCUGUAUUGCACAUGAUUAAUAAUGGUGUAAGAAUGCUGUAUUGCACAGCACAGAUGAUAUCGGACAGUUAAGUGGAUUAUUGCACAGAGUAUUGUCCGGUGGUCCUGUCAGGAGUUUAGUAAGCGAACUGCAUGUAUAGCAUUAUUAUUAUGAUGUUCAUGGAAAACUUAAAAAAUAAAAACAGUCAACUGAAUGGAGGAAGGAAACACAAAAAGAGAGCAACACGUUAUUUAAAAUUUGCCAGUAAAUACAACGAAUGCUGUUCAAAUUCAUGAUUCAGCCACAUUAGCAUCCCAGUGACGGAAACUUCUUUCAAGAAGAAACUGACUCAUGAAACAAUUGUUGGCCAUAAUUUAGUUUUUUAGUUUUAAGACAAUGCAUCCUCACAGGUGAGCAGCAGAUUUGUUGUGAUCGUAGAGUAAGUCAGGUGUUUUGGUGUUGCGAUUGUAUGCUCAAGACAACUCCGAUUGCAGCGCACAUCCCUCAUUUCAAGAGUGCCAUUCAGUGGUCAGGUUACGAUGAAAACACCCUCUCCUGGAUCAAGCGGUGAGCUACUUCACACGGCCUGAUUUUCUGAUAAGCUGUAUCUUUUGGAUCGAGACGGCUCAUUACAGUUUGCAUAUGACUCCCCUUUCUCUCUGUCUCUCAAGUUUAAACAAGGAAUUUAGUUUCAAAUCAAAAGUGACAGCCCUAUCGAGGACAAAAGUAUGAACAGUUCUCUUAGUUUGAGAACAGGGUCAUAAAUCUGCAUUAGAUAAGAAACUUUCUUCAAAGUUUCUACAGAAAAAAAAAGAAAAAAAACUCUUGGAAAUGUCGGCAAAUGAGGCCCAUUGCAUUUUGCUGUCUAGCACACAAGUACCAAAGACAGCCUUGAAAACCACUCAGACCUCUCCCAAAUUACAAACUCCUGUGGAACAUUUGUUACAAGAGGUGAUGUUGGGAGAAAGCUUUAACCCCAGAGAGAAUGGAUAUCACCGUGAGAUUAAGUCUCUGUCUGGAAAUUACCUGAAUUUACUUUGAGCAGCUUGUAGCUUUUGAAGCGGGGUGUUGCAGCUGAUGCAUCAGUGUUAAUCUUUGGAGCAAGUCUUGUGUUUGAAACAUAAUUGCAUGCUAUGAUGAAUUACAAGCCUGGGCUUCUGUGUAAUUAUGGGUGCUACAUACUGCAGUGAAUAAUGUAAUUACCGUACAAGCUUGUGGGGGAAAAGUUUGGCGGGUUAAUUUUUCAGGACAAAUGACAAGAAGAUCUGACAGACGGGGCUUUCAUUUUCUGGUGCCGCUCAUUAUAACGGGUCAGUUAUUUUGUUGUGGAACAAAUCUGUUGUUUCUUCACAGAAAACUCUUCGUCAAAUUGGUUUAAAGACCCACUCGGAUGGAAAUCUUGUUUAUCUUGUUGUCUCCAUAUUCAUAUGGCAUUUUUCUGAUGCUACAGAGCAUAUCAUGAGAAAAGUAAGUGCGAAAUUGUGUUUCUGAGUAUUUCUGCAUUCAGACCGCUGUGAAUCUCUCACAGACACAAACGGCAGGACCAGAUUAAUUGAGAUUUCCUAUGAAGCAAAUUCAAGCUUCUCCCUCAGAGCCCCGCUUUGCAGGCCACACUCAAAAAAAGCAGAGGACGAUUGCAGAACAAGCGUGUGCGUUAGCGGAUUGCACUGCUCGUAGGAAAGCUAAUUAUGAUAUGAGCUUUUAUUGUGUAUCUUAAGACAUUGGUGUCCAAGAGAUGAAUAGCUCCUAUGUUACCUGCUACUUCUACUACGCUGGCUAUGUUAGGCUACAAGCUAGCAUGGAGAGGAGUGUGCAGAGCAGCGCUGUCUCCGCCCACGACUCAGAGGCGAAUUGCUAAUGAGCUCCUAAAGCUCUGCAGAAGAAAAGCUCUUGAAAAUGAUUUUUGGUUAAAAAAAACUUCAUAAUCACAAUUUAAACCUCCUCCAAAGUAGGGGUCUGCAUGACCCGUUUUUGAUUUUAAAUGCUUAAAAGAACCACUUAAAUAAGUUUUUUUGCAUCAAGACUUUAUGACUUUGUCAGGAACCUCUAUUUCAACACAAUAAAAAAUAAAAAAAAGAAAUUGACUAAAUUAUAAAAUGCUCUUAUUAAGAUUAUGGCACUUGUCGUGUUAGGGUCGCUGUUGACUCGGUUAGAUCAAUAUCUAAUGAUCAGAGCAAAAACUGAAAUCAUAAGUGCACUGACAGGCACCACACUGACAGUCAGAUCCUCUUUCAGUCAUGUGAGAUUUAGGAAAUUCUCAUUUUUCCAUGUUUUUCCUGCACAAAAAAACAGCCUCAGGCAUGUCCAGAUAUGUGAGAUCAAUUCAGUAUAGAUGUCUGUGUGAGGGGUAUACUGACAAAGAAAGACCCAGAGGACCACAACAAAAAAUAUUAUCAGCAAUAUUUUCAUGGAUAAUGAAAGCUAACAAGGUAACCUAGAGAUGAGAACCAAAUUGGAUGAUAGAGAAUUGUUUUUAGUGUAAUUUACAGCCGAUUUAGGACACAGAUCAAAACCAACCCUUAACAUGGUGGGUGCGUAGUAAAAGCUAACACAGAAGAAAGGUUAAAGACCACUGAGAGCACUGAAAGUGGUAAAAAAAAAAUGACCGGGGUGUGACUUUUUGGCAAGUUUUAGAAACUGAAGCUCUAAAUAUUCAAGGUUCAGAUAACUGACAAUGUGUGAACCCCUGACCUCACUGCGCACUGUCUGUGUCUCCGUCAGGUCUCAGGAUUUCUGCUGCGAGACAUGCGGCUGCUCCAUGCGCUCCGCCCUCCUCACUCUGACCCCCAACAGCAACCCCAGCGCCGAGGACCACCAGGCCAAAAGACUGGCUCAGCAAAUCAACUUCAAGGUACAGACACAGGCUUUAACAUGCGUCACGUUUGAUUCACGGUUCAGUCAGCGAUUUUAACCCUCAGAGCAGAAGAGCUUCUGACAGCGCCGGCUUCAAACGAACAACUCCUUUUUUUUCGCUCUGUGCACUCUCAGCCAGAAAUGUAAUCCCGUCCUCUGCUGAUGCGCUUUUAUUCUGACAUGACAACAUUUCAACUUAAAUUGGCCUCCACUUAAACAGCGCCAUGCAGAGUGCUCCACCUUUCUGCUUCUGAGAGUUUCUGUUGUGGUAAUGAGAGUUUGUGGUCGGCUUUAGAAGCUGUUUUUUCCCACCCACGAAUCCAAGUGAAAAUUACAAAUCGAGAUGCUGUAUAAAAUUGUUGUUUUUCACAUUAUUUAAAUCCUAGAUUUGACAACAAAUGAAAUGUUCAAAUUUAAAAAUUACACUAAUUUAGUUAAAAGAAGAGAAUUUAAUGGAACACAAUAGGAGGUUUAUCCCUGUCUCUACUUCUUUGGAGCAUGUUUUUGGAACUGAACUGAAAAUAAACAAAUAAAAAUCAUCAUUUAACAGUUUAAAAUCAUAAAACAAUACUUUUUAUUCCCAAUGUUGGUGUAUUUUGUUUGCAAAUCAAGUAUAGAGCUUAACAAAUUUGCAAACCAUCAGAAUUUUGUAAGAAUUCAUGAACAUCUCACUUCCUUUAGACGAACCACCACACUCCUACAGUCAGUGCGCCUAUUUUAAGUCUAUGUUGUGAAUCACUGCAGCUCUUUGUCUGUGUUCAUACAGGCAGAGUCGAGUUCAUCCAGACACGCGAGUGAGAGCAGAGGAGCAGAGAGCGAGUCCUCCACGUCCUCACAGGGAGACGCCUCCACGUCUGCGGAACAGGAAGCUGCUGACGAGCCUCGGACUGAGCAGGUACUGUGGGUGUCGGACUGCUCCUCAGGGGAAACUCUGAGGAGAUCAUUACCUGCCACCCACAGAGCAGAACCUCCCCACGGUUUACAGGUUUCAGACCAUUAACCGCAGGUCGAAACCAAAGGAAAACAGUUUUUCAGAGGGCUUUGUUUACCAGUUAUUAAUUUGAAUCAGUUUAGGAUCAGUCUGCACAAUAUUCACGAAGGCGUCUUUAUGUUGUCCUAGUGUUGUUAUUUUUCAAGGUAAUCUUUAUUUACAGUUCAGGGGUCUAGAUCUUAGUAUGAGGUUGCAUAGUUUAGACCAGUCAGGUAUCUUCAGGGUUGAUGGCAUGUUAUGCGGGAUAAAGAGUUUAUACUGAUCCAUAAUCAACAAUGUGGUCUGCAUUGGAAAAUACGUUUUUGAAGAAGAGCAUAUUAGGCUUCUUAUGUCCCAUCUUUGAGUGGCAGUAUGUAAGAGCGAGGUGUGCAAGGAGGAAACAUGGGGAUCCAGGGAACAUGUCUCCCCAUGUUGCAAAAAUUUAAAACCAAACUAAGAGUAAGAAGAAUAUUAACUCCAAACUAUUAACUGAAUCCAGCCAUCAAAACUCAUCAAAAAUAAACAGAUUAAAAGAAAAAAUCAAACUCAAUGAGAGUAAAAACUAAUGAAAAAUUUAAAACCAUUAUAAACUCGGUGGAGGUCAAAUUUCUGCCUCGACAGGGACUCAGGGAUGAAUUUCACAUUCAGUGUUGAUCUGAACACACAGUCGCUUCAUGAGCCAUUAAUUUGACUGCAAACAGCUCUGCCCAGGGAAAAGGAAGCCUUGGCUGGAAGUCGAUUACCGCUCACUGCUCUGGCUAUGCCAGAAUUACGGAGAGGACGGUCAUGGUUCCCAGAGGCACAUACCGUUGUGAGACAGUGGGUUCCAGGAUUGUUGGUAUGGUGACAGUUUGUAGUAAAAAAAAAAGUUAGUCAGAUUCUUGGACUAUUCAUCUUUCAUCAGGAACUUUUCAUUAAAAUCUAUACACAGAUUAAUAAUAACACAGUUGUAGACACUAACUCGCGACUCUUGCGCAAUCCUGCAGCACAUGAUGUAAUCUCAAAGUUGUCACUGACUGAAGGACAGAAAAGAAGCCUGAGUCACUCUAAGUCUUCUGCGUUUCUGCCGCCUUUCUCACACUCUUGGAAAUCUUUGUCUCUGCUCACAGAGAGUCAUAGAGAUAGACUCAGAGAUGGUGCUCUUUAAAGUGAAAAUAUGAUGGCAUUGUUGAGAAACACAAGCAAUGAGACAGGAGAAGAAAGUAAGUUUAACUUAUUAUCUAACAGUGGGACAAAGUAAAACCCCUCAACUGUCCAUAAAAUGAUCAAUUUAACCUCAAAAUGAAGUGUUGCAGGUGAUCUAGGUUUGUUUGUUUUUACUUGUUAGAAACCCGACUGCUCUUGAUUAUUAAUCUGGUGGACUUUUUUUUUUUUUGUUGCAGUAUCUUCCUCUUUCCUGCUUUUUCCACUGACACAAUACAAUGGUUUUACAACUGAAAGCCGCAACAAGAAAAUUAGACCAAAGCUGUAAUGAUCUGAAAUGAUUCUUUCAGGUAUGUUUGGGAAAAUUGUCCACAAUUAUGUAAAGUGUUUGUGAUUUCAGCAUCCAAACAAUUGGCCUGUUUCCUUACUAAGACAUUCAAAUUCUGAUAUCCAGACACAUACCGUGUGUCUGGAUAUCAAGCUGUCCUGCGUUUGCAUAAUCCUGUUUGAAUCAAUCUAAAAUAGAAACUAUUAAAGCCAGAGCCUUUAAUUUUUAUGCAGGAGAACCAGAGGGCUUUAAUCUGCAGGACCAUCAUGUUAUGGUGUUGUUAUUCUACAUCAUGCGGGACUGAAAGCCUGAUUAAGACACACAGGAGCUGAAAAACAUGAUGGUUUGCUUGAUCCUGCUCAAACUGGUCAUAAAUAAAGAACCGUUAUCCCCGGAAGAUAACUUACAAAACAUUUGUGCAGAUUUGAGAGAAAGUGAACAUUCGACAGUGAUUCUCAAACUUUUUCUGCCAUGUCCUCUGAAACAAAAUGAUAACAAAAAAUGACCUCGAACCAGCAAGGCCAUGAACACUGAAUUCCCCUCUCUGUCAGUCAUUUUAAUCAUAUAAAAAAAAAACUCAUCUCUUUCCAUCAAACAAAUUUUUAGUGACAUUUACCACUUUUUAAGGCAUAAAAAUUGCAUCACUUUGCAUUAAAACUUUUCCCAGCUGAAAUUCAACAAAGCACUUUGUGACAUUAGGUCCAUGAUUGCCUCGUAGCACUUUACUUUUUAAAACUACAUUAAACUUACAAACGAAAGUACCAAAUUUAAACUGGCCAAAAACUUUUUGUUGCUUCACCAUAACAGAAUUUUAGGUCCAUAUUACCGAUAUCUUUAUUUAUUGAUUUAUUUUUUAAGAUUUAAAAGUUGUCAUUGCCUCUAAAGUCGCAUUAAAAUCAUUUUGUAACUUUAUAAAGUCAUUGUAAAAUUCAAUUCAAAGUUCUGUAUUUAGUCAGCGGUAAGCCUCCUAACACUUGUACUUAAACUGAUACUUAUAAUAUGUGGUUCUGAGGUGCCAUUUAACAACACGCUCCAUGUUCCCUUAUUUUGGAACAGGCAGCUGACUGCUCAAUAAGUAAACCAAAACUACUAAUUUAUCACUAUAGGACUUCAUUGGGUAUGACUUAGAAUUAAGCAGUGAACGCUUUACGUUAUACUAAAGCAGCUUUUAUGAAACAGUGAGCCUGCUGAUAUCCACUUAGUUUUCUCUGGAGAGAUUUUUAAUUGGUGUGACUAGGGUGUGAUGUGUCAAACUGUGAUUUUAUAUGCAUAUACACACCGGCCUCUCCUCAUUCAACACUGCACUUCAACCUGAAUUCACUUCAUCAUAUGCCCUUGACAUGUUAUCCAUUGAUUACUUUCACAUCUUAUUGCGUACAUGACUUGUAGAAUGAACAGUGUGUAAGGAUGCCCAGGUUCACACUUGGAAGAAUGGAAGGUCCACACGAAUGGUCAGUUUGACAAGCUUUACUGAUUGCAGAUCUGGGUUACAGCUUCAUCAUGCCAAAGACUGGUCUGAGACUGUUCAAGUAUAUAUAGUCGUCCACAUUUCCAAGCAUUCUGCUGGCAUUUAGUUGACCCUAAGAAGAGUCUAUGUAGGGUAAGAGCAAAGGACAACAUAUUUAAAGGAGCCUUAGUUGAACAUAUGGGGGGCCAUACAGGGGAAUGAGUGAUGUCAAAAAUGUGUACAAGGUUUUUUGUUGAGGAUGGUUGUCGGAGGCCCCCCGGCUCCAGGAAUCUAACACCAAUGUAACCAUGGUAUCUGAGUUACAUGGCUCCACCGCCCUUAAGGCUGAUGGGAUUGGCAAAAGAAAAUUCUCUUAACACAGUGGCAUAAUGGCAGCUUGAAUCCAACACGGACUCCAACAGUAAGAAAAUACUAACAGCAAGAAGCCCUUUAACACCAACUGCUCUCUCUCUCUCUUUCUGUCUGUCUGCAAGUUUGCAUGAUUUUUCUCCUUGUCUCUGCAGACAAAGCUUACAAAUGUGUUGAAUAAAUACAUAAUUUAAAAAGCCUAACCUCUACACUGCUUCUGGGCUCUUUCUAGUAAACUUAGACGAUGGAUGGAUGUUGAAAUUCAGCCAGUAAGUGAGACUAUCCCUGCAGCUCGCUGAGAUUCCUGUCCAGGUGCUGAUACCAUCCUCCAAAGGCUCUCUGCCUGCUCCCUAGCUCCUGUCUAGAUUCAAAGACAUCCACAAGGCUUGUGCAGAGAGUAAAAGAGAGAGAGAGAAUGUGAGUGUGUAUGUGUCUAAGAGAGAACAAGAAAAAAACAAGUGUCUCAGGUGGACUCUUUAGGAAUAUUACAAAUCAGUCUGUGUUACUGCAGGCCGGUUAUUUACUGCAUCUAAGGGGGGAUAAGUAAUGAUACUUAGAGUACAGACAACAAUUCAACCUGUUCCCCGGCUAAUAGAUCUCAAAACAAUAACAAAUCUGCAUAUGUGGAAGUCAUAUGGGUAUUGGGUGCCAUAGGAAAUGUGGAAAAACCUGUCUGUAGAAGUGUGUGGAGACUAAAACUCAAGGAAGUUUUCAAGACAGCCAAAUGAAAACAUUGAUUUAUAUUAAAAUUGAUACAGGUAAAAAAAGGCUUCAUUUUUGUCUGAUUUUGCCAGUUUCAUGAUGUGUUGGUCCUGUAUCCUGGGGAUCUUUGCUGCUGUUCUGCCUGCCUUGGCUUUUCAUGCACACACAUGAAUGUAUUCCGUAUAAGCUUGUGACAGGGCAGGGAGCUCUCAGGACAAAUGAGGCUGUGCAUUGCAAUGGUUUGAACAACACAAUUGCAAUACUGCGUUAGUCACAUCCAUGUGCAAGUGUGCUGUUGUCAUACUGCAGGAUGUAUAGCAUCAGUAAUACGGCCUGAAAUAUGUCAUACUCGCGCCGCUUCCUUAUGUCCAGGAUUACACUUAGAUAAACGUUGAUCGGGAAUCACUUCUAAUGCAGCCCCUCACUUGAACACAUAGAGAAACUGACAGCUGAGCAGGAAUUAUCUGUACCACAUGACCGUAGAAUGUAAACAUGCAUGUGUGUUGCCAUGCAAACAGGUCCACAGAGUGUUUACUUUUAGUAGGAACACCUGUACAUCGUAGUGAUGUGGAAAUCUUGCAAGAAAAGACAGUGACAUCAAAAUACGUCAGUUGUUGUCGUAAAUUUCGGUAUCAGUAAAUUUUUCGGUUUAUCGCCCAGCCGUACAAUGGGUUACACCUCCUGUACUCUCUCUUUCUCUUGUGCCUUUACUUCUUUAUGCAGGUGUCAGAGCUUCUGGCAGACAGCUGGACACAGUGUGAAACCAGCAGAAGGAAGAUUUGAUUUGGUAGCAGAAAAUAGAUCCAAAUAAAAAAUAUAGUAUAGUUUGUUAUGGAAAGCUUGAACAGUUCAUAAACACUUAAAAUCAUCUUCAUUAUCUGCCUUUUUCCAUAAAGCAAUCUAUACUACGAAAACAGAAAAGAAUUGCAGCAAAAGUUUUUUCAAAAUCCUGCAGGUCAUAAACCAAAUAUAACUUAUCCAUGUAAAUAAUUAAGUGUUUCAGAUGCUAAAAGUAAAUCUGAGGCAUGUAAUUGGGGCUGUGGUUUGAGGACAUGUGUCACUUCGCAGAUGGGGCAUGAUCUGCUCUAGCAUAAGCAAAGUGUCAUCUGGUGAAAUUAACAUUAAUUUGUGGGGUAAGGGGCACCUCAUUUGGGACAGAUCCAUUUAGUCAAAAUACAGAGUGUGCCAGCAAAUGUUAAAAAGUUGGCAACCCUUCUCUGCUGGUAUGUAAGAAUCUAGGAUAUAAGUGGAUGAUAUGCUCUGGGUGACGUCUUGACAGUGAAGCUAACAUGAUUCUUUUGACUUCAUCUUAGUCCUGGAUGGUGGUAGUGAAUCUAGGAACAACUUAUUGACUGACUGUCAGAGAGAGCUGUAAUAUAUGUCUGCAUUCCUCCCUGUCUAGGAAUGUAUUUGUAUUUACAUCAUCCUCUCUCCUCAUAAUGGAUGUGUGGCUGCGUGACAGCUCAGUGAUUACUGUAAAGCAGGCACUGAUCUGCUCUGAAAGGCUGACACUAAAAGCUAACACUUACUGCUGAUGAUUAACAUCACUGAAGACUGAAAAAUAUAUAUCACUGAACUAUAAAUCUUCUUCUCUGACAUGCAACAGAGCUGAUUCUGAGGAUUACCGAGGCUGUCUUCAGCAUCUGGAGCUUUAUUCUCAAUCCAUUUAAGCUGCAAACUGUUGGACAGAGCCGAGUCUACUAUGGGAAUACUGGUAUUUUUAAAGCUGGACUUUUUUCUUUUUUUUUUUUUACUCAUUUUAGAGUUUGAUAACAGCUCCAGCUGAAUGUUUCAACCUGCAGCAGUGAAACAGGCUGUGAUGGCUAUGAGGUAAUCCUCGUGGGUUGAGAAGUUUGACUAUUAGAAGUUUGUUUUUGUGCCUGACAGCUUAAGUUUGUCAUUCAGAGUGUCUUCUGCCAACAUUAGAGAAAGGAUCCCGACAAAGAAACACCUUUAACUGAGGAGGAAGAGGUUUGUUUUUUUUUUUAACCAGAUACAGCUGUUGUGUUGCUCUCUGCAAAACCGCAAGGCUUAUUAAGAAACACACUGUGUUCCUCAAAUAUUGGGCUGUAACUGAAGGGGGUCAAAUUUUGGAAAAGCACCAAAGCUUGGAAAACAGAUGUACAGUCAUACCUCAACCAAAAAGCUGCCAAAAAUAGAGUUUGAUUAAAUUAUGAAAAAGCCCUCUAUAUGUAAAUAAAGCACUGAGGCUGAAAAAUAACAUGCUGCCGUGGUGGCACUCUGAUUUACUAUUCCAUAAUCAUGCAGAGGUGCUGGUUUAUCUUUGUUUUCAUGCUCCAUCCUGCAGGCUGCGUCUCUGCUCUGUCUCUGCUCUCCUCAAACUCUCACAAAGCAGAGACAGAGCAGAAGUACACAAGAUCAAAGGUCGGUAAAUAUAGAUGGUUAAGUCCUUUUAUCGUCUAUGAUGGUGCGUGUUGCAUUUAUGCAGUCAGACUGAGAGCAGAGCAGAGGAAAGAGAGAGAGAGAGAGAGGGAGAAAGAGAGCAACAUCACCUGUUCCCUACAUGUUUUUUUUCCCCGAGAGUCCCAACUUUCAGGCUGGUGACAGGGAGCUUCAAGCCUCUGCACAAUGACUGAGUGUCCAAAAUAGAAAAAUAGAAAAUGCAGGGGGACAGCACAUUCUCUGCUGAUGCACAUGAUUACAUAUUUCUUCUGAAUCAUGAUUGAUUAUUCAUUCAGAGGGAAUAUGCCUAUUUUACUUCAGGUCUGUUUGUGAUUUUUUUUUAAAGAAAACUGUAAUUGCUGUGUCUUCCUCCCCUGUGUUCAGUGACUUUUAGUAUAAUAAGAGGUCAUAGUCACACUCCUCUGUGUUGAACAUGACGUCCACACAUCUGUCAUGGAGGCUCUCAUUCUGCUCACCUUUUCAUACUGUGCAAUUACACGUUGUUUUGAGGAGUGUGGAUGACUGUGUAUGUUCUGUAUUUGCUCUAAACCAGAAUCGUUAACAUACUGGUUGCCCACCAGUAACACGUCGGCAACCGUUGCCAUGUGCAAACAAGUCGCCAUUUUCCCAAUUUUUAGUUUUCACAUCUUUCAAAAAGUUUUGUUUUUGACAACCUCCAGAGAAGAAAACUAUCCACAUACAUGUGGAUGGGACCAGAGACUAUUUCUGGGGCAGCUCGGUACACUGUUACCAUGGGAGCAGAGUGUGUAGCUUGGCGUUUGGCGCCCUGAUGGAUGAGCAGAAAGACUGCUCAUGUUGGCGGCGUAUUUAACUUCACCUCUGCAUACUUCAUGAACAGCAACAGAUUUAUCAAGGAGAGCUACCUCCCAAAAUGUGUCAGCCCUUUGGAGUUGCAACCAGUUGGAUUGAUAAUCUCCUGUUUUUCUAUCAACCAAACGUGGCGCUGUCGGAGCAUGCUCAGAACAUCUCCAACGUUUGGAAAAGUUGAUGUUGAAGUUUCCAUUUCUUGAUCCUAGUUUUUUAGUGUCAAUAAAAUCUGCAUAGACGAUUUGCAUUACAAGAUGGUAAUGAAUCAGUCAUAUGGGAGUGUAAUGCAGCCUUUAAAUAUUCAUAUAGGCAGAUUGUGGAAAUGCAGACAGAAGCGUUGGUGCAGGGACUGAAAUGUGAAACUCCUCACUGGCAUUUAACAAAAGUUUGAAAUUCUGGUAUUGUAACAACCGUAUUUGAUGUUCCUAUUUAAGACUCCAGAGUCGUCCUUUAAAUCAAUCUGAUUCUGUUAGUGACCAAACAAGUGUCUAAUUGAAGUCUGCCAGCAGAAGAAAAUAAACCAGAUCGACAGCCAACACUUUCUGCAUAUGAAUCAAUCAGAUUCCAAAAUAUGCAAAAAAUCGGCCCCAUCUUUAAAAAUACCGCGCUACUUUGAGGAUUAUAUGUUAGUGUCUGUAUGAAGUCAAUCAUCCAUCUUUGACAUUGUUCGUAUAAUUGGUGACAUGCUUCGUCACCUGCUGACAUCCUGCUGAGCCUCACAGUCAUUCUGAAUGAGUCUGGAUGAAAAUGAUAGACAGUGCAAGCAGCAGAAGCUCAAUGCCAGAUAAACACCAGCUGUGUGUGAAAUCAAGCAGAGAGAAAUCAGCGUUUCCUCAGAACAUCACGGUGGAUCAGUUUUGGUAGCUCGGAGCCGACGGUUCUGCUGCUUUCUUUCCCCCCAGUUCAGAUGAUAUGGACGAGCUUUGUUGACUAAGAGGAUUGAUUUUUCCGCCAGCUGCUCAGCACAGAACCACAGCGAUAGUCUGAAGGAGCAGAGAGGAGGGUCAUCUUAGAUUAGAGUUUCUGAUUUUGGAUAAACUGAGGAGGUCAGGAAAAGGACUCACCAUCUGCCGCUAAAGCCAGGGGGACAAGACUUAGAGCCCGUCCAGAUGAUGAUAUCACACAUUGCCUUGCUGCUGGCUGGCUGGACUGUAAAUUUUCUUUGUGAAAGCUAAACCAAUCAGCUGUGAGAACUGUAAAUAAACAUCAUUUUAUCUGAUACCAACUCCAGCCUUCAGUAUUUAUGCUGGAAACAAAUGUGAGAAGGUUUUAAUGAGCUGAAGCAGGGCGAUCAUAAAUUGCAUAAAAGGAAAAAACCUCUCAAGGCACAAAUUUGGAGGAUUCGCUUACAGGGUUCAUUUAUCUGAUUAAAUAAACUCCUUCAGACAUUAUUUGUGUAUUUGUGUGGGCACAUUAACACCAAACAGGACUGCAACAAAUGGUCCUUUCCAACGACGGUGAUUAAUAUACCAGUUAUUCUCUCUGUUCGGUCAGUGGUUUGGAAAAUGGUGAAGAGGUUCUCCAGAGAUUCCGUCAGAUGUUUCAGAUUACUAAUAAAAACAAACUUAUCUGCUUUAAAAGAAAAUUGAAAUAUAAAGGUAUCUGAAUGUCAUCUGAGAGGUUGGACAACAGAUGUAAAGUGAUGCAGAGGUGGAAAAACACCAAAACAAAUAUGGCGAGUGCUCCUGGAGAACCAGCACCGGUACACUCUGCUCAUAUGACUCAGAAUCUGUCCUGAUACAGCAGGAGGCAGCUUCUUAAGUGGUGUAGCCAGAGUUACAAAAGCAUGUCUGAGUGAUGCACUAAAAACUGAAGGCUAUUUCUGCAAACUUGCCUUUCAUUAUGAACAUCAUGUGGUUGGCCUUCGUUGUUGAAGUGGAUGGCAUAAGCAAAAAAACGAGCACCAGCUUCCUUUGGUCCUUGAGUGUUCGGACUGAAAAUUAGUGUUGGUGUUUACAACCAACAACAGAGCAGUUUGUGUGUCUCGCUCUAACUUUGACAUCUUGACUCUCUAACACCAAAGCAUUGCAGGAGGAGAGGAUGUUGAUGUGGUUUUGCAUGCGUGCCAAUGCAGAUCCUGUUGUUACAUCACCACAGGAGCCAAUUUGUGCCUGUAUCUGUAUAACUCUGAGUUUUGAUACAAUCAUAUGGAUGAGUAUGAGCAACACUUAUUAUGAAAACAGAGAGAGAGGUAAGGAGUUCAUUUUUUCGUAUCACGCCUGAUCAGUUCUGCUAUAAAUGAAGAUUUUAAUAUGAGGCUCUAACAAAAUCUCUUUGGCUUAUAGACACAGCCUCAAGGGGACACUUGAACCUUUUUUGCACUUCCCAAUCGACUUUGUUUUUCAACACUGGAGGCUGCUGCUUGGACUCGAACCAAUUGCAGCCCACUUGGGUCAAAACUCUACUCUUGUGAUGCAUCAUUUGUGCGGAUCGAUGCAGUGUUGCAAUACUUCUCCAUUUUGAGAGUCCAAAAGGUUGCAUCAGAAUUAGUUAAACCAAACCUUAUUUAAAAAACAAGCAUUUUAAAGUUGUUCUCCUCUUGUCUUGUGGGCAGACCUUUAAAAACAUCAAUGCAGACUUUUUACAGAUCUAUAUUGUGAUUUCUUUAGUUCAGCCUCCUUAAAAUUUGAUUCAGUGUGUAGCAUCUGUUUAUUUUGGUUCAUAACGCUGCAGUAAGACAGAUGUGAGAUGGGAUUCUUCUCUGACUUGCUUUAUAGCACUUUGAGUAAGUCUUACAGACCAGAUGAGUCCAUCUGGUGCUGAUUAUGGCUGAACAGUCACUCAACUGGGAACUGGUCAACCUUGAGUGGCUGGAAGCACCAGGAAAGAUCAUCCAGACACAGUUCAUAGAGAGGAUAGGGAAACAGACCUUCAGAUCAUUUUAUGGACCAGAAAAAAGGGUUGUGUUUUAAUAAAAGAACACAAAUGAUCUUGCAAAUACACACAAGGAUCACAGCCUUAAAUGCUUUGGCAAUGGCAGCCAAUGAAGCAGCUAAGAGAGUAUCCUCAAAUAUGAGUGGAGUAUGGAAGUUGCUCACUUUGAACAUGAAAAAAAUGCGCAACUGUGCAGGGUAGAGGAAAUUAAAAUGGUUAAUGAGUUUAAAUUUUUUUCAGGUGAAGUUUUAGAUCCGAGACUCAAAUUUGACAAAAGAGCCGGAAAGAAAGACAUGAAAAAGCAAAUAUAACUUUUUAAUGAAUUAGGCAAAGCAGCAGAGUCAAACAUGUUACGACUUUUUCACAUAUGUCGUACCGCUUUAAAAUUAAUGGAUAAAAAAACAGGAGCUGGCAUCACUGUCACUUACUGAAGCAGUAUCGUUUGCUCAUUCUGAUAAUCUUUCAUAAUUUGCAUAUGUGGAACUGUUUUUUAAAAUGCUUGCAAAAUGUUGCACCGGAAUUUUUAUGCCAAUUCUUAUGAGGCAGAACAAUGGUAGAAGCACCAGAGGUACAGCUUGUGGCAAUAUUAGAAAAGCAAAUUGAAAGUCAUCUCUGGUUAGUCAGCUUUUUCCAUAAAAGGCUUUUAAAUUUGUUUUGAUUCUGUAAACACUUUAUGUAACUUGAAUCCUUUGUUCCUCUUUUGUAUUUUUAAAUUAUGUCUUAUCGUAUGCGUGCUGGGGCUGGAGACAAGCAAUAGCUAUAAUCUCUUGGUGCAAAGCAUCAGUUACUGCAGCCUGUUUGUACCAGGAGGGAUUUUUGCUGUGUAAUUUGCAUUAUAUUCAUUUUUUAAGAGGGUUUGGUCUGAACACACAUAUAUCCAGAUCUUUGUUUCAUUGCUCUACAGGUGGAGGCCUCUCCAUCAGCAGCAGAAGAAGACAGACCUCUCCCCCCUGCAGCCCCGAGCACUGGCCGCCCCCUCAGCCCCCGGCAGCGUCGUGCUCAGCAGCAGAACCAGCAGGGUCAGAGGGACGGUAGAGAGCCAGCCAGCAGACCGGCCUUCGCCCCGGCUCCCCGACAGCAGCAGGAUGAGAGCCACACGGGCUCGGCGGUCCUCAUUGUGCUCCUCACUCUGGCUCUGGCUGCUCUCAUCUUCCGCAGAAUCUACCUGGCCCAAGAGUACAAGUUCGACUUUGAGCUGUGACCAACCGCACUCUCGCACCCCUUUCUUUCCUUCGUCUUAUCCUCCUGCAACCCCCCCGAACAGAACUGUGACCCGCUGCAGUAGAACCAGAAACCGAGUCAGCAGCGGCGAACACAGACUCUCCUGCCUCUGUGCUCAUCACCAGAGGCUCCUCUGAGGGGAGGAGGAGACGCUUUAAUCACCACAACACCUCCUGGGUGUCUUUUAAUCAGUGUCCAUUUUACUCUCCAGUGUCGUGCAUUUUUAAAUCCAGGAAGUUCAUCCAUCACAAAUGUCACAUCCUGUGUAAUGUAUCUGUCGUCUUUCGCGGAGCUCCAGCUUGAUUCCAUUAUUUAAUUAAGAUUAAAAUAUAACCUGUUAUUAAAUGAUGGGAGGGGUUUGUCUAACGGUAAUGACGUAACUGAAAGUAUGUGUGUUUUAUGGCUUCUUCUUCUUCUUCUUCUUCACGUGUUUUAAUGUCGUGUCAGGUCACUUUCGUCACAUUUUUUAGGGCUCCACUUCUCCUCAGCAACCAAAAGUGCUCCGGCUUCAGUUCCUACAGGUGUGGUGGUUCGUUUUUAAAUUAGGGCUCUCUUGCGUCAUAUUUUAGGUUCGGUACAGAAAUUUCUGGUACUGCUUGAAGUGCGAUGCUUCAGCCAGUAGCAGUGUAACAACUUUAAAAUAUAGGUAUUACUUUAAAAAAUUAAACCCGACUUUUUUUUUUUUUUUUUUUUGAAAACUUCACUUUUAUAGCAGAAAGAGUUCCUGAAAAAUAAGACAGGUGGAUUGCUUCUUUCAAAAUUCCUGUGAUGGCGGUGAUUUGACUGAUCCAGGAUCAGCCAAAUAAAGCGUACGGUUUCAGAGGAACAGCAUGAGGGCAGAGCGCUUUGAACUGUUAUCACCUCAGAAACCUUUGAUAAUUUUCUGGGUUAUUUCCAGCUGUAAACAUGACUCCGGUCUGCAGCAGGUAGAGCCGACAGUCUGUGAACUCUGAACACAACUGUGGCUUUUUAAUCUAGACCCUCUUUAAUAGGAACAGAUUUUAUUUAUUUUAAUUGAAUCAGGGAGGGCGGUUUCUGACUCCCUCUCACCGUUCGAUGGCGUUCAUGUCCCGGCCCUGUGCACUUGUCUCGUUUGUCUCACAUUUUCCGUAUAGCCGUAUGCAAACAUUCAUCUUCCCUGUAUAAACAGACCCACACACUGUCUGCAGUUUACCCUCUUUGUAACACUUUGAGGAGGGUUUAUCACUCUGAUGAGACUCAGAGAAGCUGGGAAGCAAUUUACAUUCAGUCUUUGCACAUCGUAGCUGACGUCUCUUUGACAUGUACAGAGCUCAGCAGAGUCGAGAGAUAUCUCUGAGGUUCUCGUAGCAGUCGACCCAUUGAGGGGAACAAAUCUGUCUCUGUAGUUUUUUCCUCUUAUUUGAGCAACAUCUUCCACCUGCACAUGUCCAGAUUUUACUUGAAGGCAGCAGAGAUUCUCCAUGAAUAUCUGUAAAACCAUAAUCUCUGUCUCUACUCUGCUCAAGGCUGGUGUACAGGGAUAUAAACAGAAAAUAAACCACCUGAAUGAAAGACU